UCAGUCUCUUGUUGAAGAAGGUGGCAGCAGCAGGGGGCAACAUGACUUCUCCCACAUAGAGGGAGCAGAAGCAGUUGUGUGUGGCCACUCUUUUUCUCACUGAUGUGAGCCUUACAGAGUUUGGUCAAAGUGACCGUUAGUAUCUCACUGAAAUGGACAAAGACAAGCAACAGAAGCAGCAAGGCGUCACCAAGGGUAAGUCCUGUCUCAUGAAUCUUUUAGAGAUCUUUGAGAGUGUCAAGAAGCAUAUACACACACACACACACACACACACACACACAUUCCAUUUGACAAUAUAUAAUCACAUCAUUAUUAUCCACUUUACCUCUCUGGCUCUUUAGAGCCUAUUGACUUCCUUCCCUCCUGCCUCAUGGUUUUCAAAAUUAACCUUUAUAUCAUAGUAUUUUAUACGUUUUCCAGUUCUAAUUAAAUUCAUUACAAAGUUCCUCAAAAGUUAAAUAAAUAUAAAAAGGAAGAAAGUUUCUUAUUACAAGUCUUCAGACAACCCUACUAGUGCUGUUAAUUGCUUACAAUGCUCUUUCAAAUAUCAUAUAAAUUUAGUCCAGUCUUUUUGGAAUACUUGAUCAUGCUGGUUCUGGAUUUUUCCUGUCAGCUUCACCAGUUCCGCAAAGUCCAUCAUUUUCAUCUUCCACUCUUCUUUCGUUGGUACUUGUGCAAAGAAACAUAUAGACACUGACCUAUUUUGUAUAUGUGGGGGACUUCCGGGUUGGCGCCAUCGCCGAAUGGCGGACUCCUCAGGGCCUCCGGAGAGUCUGCUGGCAGAGUGACCUGGGUCCUACGCGCGUGGCGUGGGGGCUGCUGGCCCUGGCCACCAGUCCGUGGACAUGGGUGACUCGGCACUGUUAGCGCCCUCCGACUCGUGAAGGAGCCUUUUAAAGGCCGGAUCGGGUGCCGAGACGGCGGCGUGCUGAUCUUCUGCUUUCCCUGCCGGCGCAGCCGCACCCAUUCGACGGAGCGUGACUUCUUCCAUUGAAAAUUUGGACUAUUAACAACAACCCGUGGGUAGAAAUCGGGUUUAGAAUUGGUUGGCACGGCGGGGCGAUUUGAAGUCAAUCCCCCUACUGUAAGCGUUUGGCUCAAAGGACUGGUAGCCAGGUCCGAGGAAAUUAUAUUCUUGAUAAAAACCAUUAAUUUCACGAUGGGAAAUUAUAAAGAGCUGUGCUGGAGGAGAAGAGUGCUGGAGAGGUGAAAAGAAAAUCUCAGCCCGGGGACAGGGCGGUGUGGGGCCUGGUGAAGAGAGGCGGAGACUUUGACGACUGUCAAAGUGGCUGUCAAAGUGGAAAUAUAAAAAGAAAGGACUUUUGCUACUAGAGGACAUGGUUAAUUUGCUACAAUUUGUUACAAUAUGGAUAUAAACUGUUGGAAGAUAAGCAGCAAUUGACUUUUAGUUAGAGGAUACAAGUUAUUACAUUACACAGGACAAGGAUAUUACAGAACGAUUCGUGAGUGGAAAAAUACUCUGCAGGAUUCGCUGGGACUUGUUAGCCUUUUAGAGCUGCAAAACUGAAAUGGUAUUUUUGUCUACAGAAGUAUUUACAUUAAAGGCAAUAGGGUACUCUAUUGAAAGGAAGGGACUGGACGUGAAGUUUUGUUCCUGAAUAACAAACCUCUGCAGAGAUAUCAGAUUUCUAGUUAGAAGGUUUUAAGCAGCUGAACAGGACAAGAAGCCUGAAAGUGAGGAAAAAGAAGAACAGGGACUGAUUGCGAUGGAAAGAACAGGAGAGUGGUAAGAUCAAGAAAUUACAAAGGCCUUUGUUAGAUUGGACACUUGAAGUUACAUAAUAUUAAUAGAAUUAAAAAGAAAACAUUAGAUGGAAUUGAAGGAGAAAUUUGGUCAUGGUGGAACUUCGGCUGAUGUGCACAGACUGAUGGACUGAAUUCAAACCGGGGAAGGGGAGAUUUGAUCAGGCUGUGUAAACCAUCUUUUAGUUUUAUGCUUAUUUUUAUUUUUUAUAACCUUGUAUGUCAUUUUAUUUUGAUUGGGCGUGUUUAAAAAAGGCAAUUGCAGUGGAAGGAACUGGGGUGGAUCUUAGGGAAAAUCUUUUUCUUUUCUUGUUAAUGAUGUGGGACGGUGGUAGAUUUAUUACAAUUCAAUUUUGGAUAAUUAAGGUUAAACAAAUUAGAAAGCUUCCAAAUUGGGAGUGAGCUGUAAUUAAAUUGGGAAAGGGGAAUACACAGUCGGGGAGUCCCAGAGUAGGCAAUGAAAGUAAGGUUUUUAAAUAUCUUUUUUUUUUUUUUUUCUUUUUUUCUUUGUAUUUUUAUAUUUCUGGAAACUUUAAUAAAUAUGAUUUAAAAAAAAAUAUAUUUUGUAUAUGUGGAUCUAGUCGUCUCUCUCUCUCUCUCUCUCUCUCUCUCUCACACACACACACACACACACCCCAUCUGAAAUACCUGAAACACCACAUCUGGUCUUGCACUGAAUGCAGAAUUGCCAGUCUAAGAUAAACUGAAAGGUCAAAGGCUUACUGUUACAAAAUGGCUUUACAAUACACAAAACCUGAAUUGUUUGCAUGGUCUAGGGUUGGCAUUGGUGGAAAAUGGGGUGCUUGUACCUAAACAGCUAUGUGGCAGUAAUAAUAAUAAUAAUAAUAAUAAUAAAUUAAUUUCUAUACUGCUUUAUACUUUUAAGGGGGGAAAUCUCAAAGCAGUUCAACAGGUUAAACCUUUUCUAGUAUGGAAAGACAAUUGUGGGAAAACCUUCACCUGUUCCCAUGCUGCCUGUCAGACAUUUUAUGUGUGUUGGCCACUGGUUUCCUUUUGUGCCCUCUGCCCUACAUGUAAAAGAGGACAGAAAUUUUCAUAUUACAUGAAGGAUAUGCAAAUUAUAUGCAGACUUGUCUUCGUCUUGAUGGAAGGAAACAUAGUUUCCUGGGCCCAGAACAACGGCUCUUUCACUUCAGUUUGUUUUUGUGAUGUUGCCUGUUGCCUCAGAAAGACACUUCUCAAAUGGCUGGAAGCUGCUAGAGUUUCUUUGUUUUCUAAUAUUCCCCCCUGCUAGCUGUUAAAUUUUAUGUGGGUUCCAAGAGCUGACUGAAAGGUCAGUUGGUAUAAUCUAUAAUUUAAAGUCAUAAAAUUGGUUAUCAUUCUUUCAGUUUCAUGACCUUAACCACCAAGGCCUCCCCCCUAGGUUACAACUGGCAUUUCCAGCCUAGUAGAACAGCAUUUUAUAAAGAUAGAGAAGGACACCCUCCCAAAUAGAAAAUAUUUGAUCAUGGAAAUCUAUUCUGUGGAUUUUUACAUUUAAUCUCCUUUAUCGUUUUAUAGACAAUGUCAUUUAAUUAUGUUGUUGGAUUUCCUUGUGAUAGUUUUUGAUGAAAAAUGCUGUUUUCAGGCCCCCAGACAGAGCAUUUCCCUGAAGAGUCCAAAUUUCAUGCUUUUCUCUGAGUCAUGUUUCUUCUGAACAGGCUGCUUAAACUUAAACCCAAGAAAUGGAUCCAGCAGUGAUCCAGGUAAAGGAGAAGAAAAACACCAAUAGGCAAUGAAACAUUUCUCUUCCCAUAGGCAGUGUUUGGGAAUCAUAGCUCCUGGAGGUGGAGGGACCCCCACCCUAUUAUAUAAAGGAGGGGAAAAACAAAUUCACAUGAAAAAAGGAAUAUGUGCCCAGAUCGGUGGCCUCCUUUGAAGUCAAUGGAGAUGCCAUUGCACAAGGAGUCAUUGCCAAAAGCAGCAGGUGGAUUGUUGAAAAUCAUGUGUGUACUGCCCAGAAUCACAUUACUCCUGUGGUGGUAUUCUGCAUAACUAUGUUAUGCUAUAUCUCUGAAGCACACCGAGAAAGAGUAAAAUAAUACAGGUGGUUCCCAUUUUUCACAGCAGGAUGCUCUGGCAGCAAAGAAGUAAACAAGUUGCUAGUCUUCUGUGAGUUAACGGUAUGUUACUCAACACUCAUAUUGAUUAUCAGGUGAUGUCAUCUACACACUAUUACAUAACAUCAUUAAAGAUUGAACUCUUGAAACUUUAAAUAUAAAGGGGCAAGACAGUAAAUAUUCAAGAGAGCCUGAGAUUAAAUUUCACUGACCUUUGGACGCUUGGAAGAUGUCCAUUGAAAUAAACAGACACAUAUGCAUACAAAGAGUAAACACAGAGUUAUAAUUCGUGAUCCAAAUCCAAAUAUAAUAAUGUAUAGCACACACAUAGCCCUAGUUAUUAGUCACACCAGUGUUCCCCAACCCAGUGCCCUCCAGAUAUUUUGGACCACAACUCCUAUCAGCCCCAGGCAGCAUGGCAUGCUAGUUAGACCUGAUGGAAACUGUACUCCAAAACAUCUAGGGGGCACCAGGUUGGGGAAGGUUGGGUCAUACAAUGUGCAUUCCUAUUCAAACUAUAUAAAACAGGAGAUCCUGCUACUCUUAAAUAUCUGGUUUCAAAGUUAGGAAGAACACAGAAGUGGUUGAUUAUUAAAGGGGUGUCUCUCAGCUGAGAGCCCUUACUUGUUUGUUACAGCCUCCCACCCCCAGUCAUGUGGAGUUUUUUUGUUUUUUUGCUUGUUUCUUAAGGUCUAAUACGGACUUUGAAAUAACUGUUAGUAUAUAACAUUACUGAAUAUAACAUGUACUGCGCCAGUAAUUCUGGGAACCAUAGCCUGGGUACUAUAUCAGAGGAAGCCUUGCUGCGAUGUACUGAGGGCAACAGAUGUUGAGUGGGAUGGAAAUGGAGAAGAAUGUGGAGCUGGCCUCAUCUUUUUGCCAGGGAUGGCACAUAAUAUUAAAGCAGCAGGGAUCUAUUGCCAGUCCUGGGGUGCUUCCACACGGCAGUUUAUUGUGGAGCUUGAGCAGCUCAUGCAUGCCAAUUUAUUGCAGCCUCUGCACAGCAUCACCUCCAGCAACACCACACUCACCCCCCUAAAUUUCAUCCAGAUUUAAGAUUUUUGACAUAUUGGAUUUUCCAUGAAAAAUCCAGACUAAAUGGGAGGGACCCCCUGACAGUAGUUCUGUAGAUUUUAAUUGGGUAAUCUUAGUAGUAUCCUUUGCUUCCAAUAUAUUCUCAUCUUCCAAUUCAAGCCCCUUCUCCUUAGUUCCAUACAUGCUGACACAGAGAAGCUCCAUAGCGCUGGGGCAAGGUAUAUGCCUUGUAUGCAGAAGGUCCUAGGCUCAACCCAUGGCAUUUCCAGGUUGGGUUGGGAGAGAGUCUUGCCUGAAACCCCAGAGAAGCCACUGCCAGUCAAUGUGGACAAUACUGAGCUAGAUGGACCAAGGCAGCUUUCCUAUUACUAUGUGCUCAAUAGAGGGCAAUCACAAGGUUCUUGUUGUUGUUUAGUCAUUUAGUCGUGUCCGACUCUUCGUGACCCCAUGGACCAGAGCACCCCAGGCACUCUUGUCUUCCACGGCCUCCCGCAGUUUGGUCAAACUCAUGCUGGUAGCUUCGAGAACACUGUCCAACCAUCUCAUCCUCUGUCGUCCCCUUCUCCUUGUGCCUUCCAUCUUCCCCAACAUCAGGGUCUUUUCCAGAGAGUCUUCCCUUCUCAUGAGGUGGCCAAAGUAUUGGAGUCUCAGCUUCAGGAUCUGUCCUUCCAGUGAGCACUCAGGGCUGAUUUCCUUAAGAAUGGAUAGGUUUGAUCUUCUUGCAGUCCAUGGGACUCUCAAGAGUCUCCUCCAGCACCAUAAUUCAGAAGCAUCCAUUCUUUGGUGAUCAGCCUUCUUUACGGUCCAGCUCUCACUUCCCACAAGGUUCUAGUCCUCCUUAAAUAUAAUCUAAUGAGAGCUCAUAUUUUUCUAAGGCCUUAAAAUAUGCAUGCUUUUUUUUAUAUGCAUGCAUAUUUAUACCUGUUUACAGGAUACUUUGCUUUAGAAAUACAGAAUAACACCCUAUAUAUAUAUAUAUAUAUAUGAGAGAAAAGAGUUUAUUCUCUGCCUUGACUUUUCCUAGUGUCAGUCAGGGAGAGCUGGGGGAAAGGGUGUACUUUUAAGCUUCAGCCUUUCAGAGUUUAAAGAAAUAAUGGCGGAGGAUUUCCCUGAAGCUGUUAAUUCCCUUGUCGGCAUGGAGAUUGAAAAUAGUUAACUGAUAAUUAAUAUGUCUCAUUACCUUUUAAUUAAAAAGUUAGCUGCCAUGGGUAAGUGCCACGGAAUCUUUUCCUGACAAGCAGUUUUCUGCAGGAAGCACUACUACACCAAAAGGACGUUGCAAAGCAGCGAACCCUGGUCUGUGGCCACAAUCCAAAGAGCCAUCAAACAUGUUCCAUCAACCCAAGGGAUGCACAACACGAUCCAUACUGAAUCUGCAGCCCUGUUGUUCAUGCCAAGUCAGGGUUGAAGGUGUGUGUGCACGCAGGAGAGGCAAAUCGCUAUGUCAACCUGGAGACUUGAGUUUCAGAGUGAGUCUCCCCUUCCCCCAAUUCUAUAUGAUAGUUCUUUUCUUUUUUUAAUCACGGGACUCUCCAAAAAUACCAGUUUCUAUCUGGCCCUUAGGAAUCUCCUCAGGUCACACACCUCUCUUUCCACCCAUGCUCUUCUUGAGUGUAUUUCCCUGGCUCAGAUGUGCCCUUGAAGUGUGAUACAGAAUCUGGCUUGCCUGGAUGCAGACUGGAAAGAGGCAUGUAUGCAUAGAUAGCUCUCACUUUUGUAUAGCUGGAAUAUAGCCUAGGUAGAAAGGUAAGAGGUAUACCUGUUGUUCCAUCCACUCUUGCCUCUGGCCUUGCCCACCACUGCCAUGUGCCCAUCAGAAGGCUUUCUGCGAGGAAAUGUGGCUGUGUACAGACCAUACAUUUAAAGUACACUUCCCCAAAGAUUCUGGGAACUGUAGUUGACCCCUCUCAGAGCUACAAUUCUCAGCACCCUUAACAAACCACAGUUCCCAGGAUUCUUUGGGGGAAGUCAUGUGCUUUAAAUGUAUGACGUGCAUGUAGCCUAUUGCUUUUUGGGGUUCCCCACUGCUACUAUACACAUACCUAGUACUAAGCCCCAUGGAAUUCAGAGGAACUUCUGGGUAGAUAUAUACAGUGGUACAUCUAGUUACAAACUUAAUUCGUUCCGGAGGUCCGUUCUUAACCUGAAACUGUUCUUAACUAGAGGCGUGCUUUUGCUAAUGGGGCCUCUUGCUGCCGCUGCACUGCCAGCACACGAUUUCCAUUCUCAUCCUGGGGCAAAGUUCUCAACUCGAGGUAACUCUUCCAGGUUAGCGGAGUUUGUAACCUGAAGUGUUUGUAACCUGAGGCAUUUGUAACACGAGGUACCACUGUAAAUGAUUCCAUUGUCAGACUUACAUAGGAAAUAUUUCUGAGGCUGUAUUCCUAUGCAUGUUUGUCUGUGUGUAAGCCCAAUUGAAUUUAGUGGAUCUUAUUUGCAAGUAAGAGGCAGAGUGGCCAAGUGGAGUUUGCAUUUAAGCCCUUUCUGCUCCUGAAACUGUAUUUUUAUUUCUGAAUCAUUAAAUUUUACUCAAGCAAAUUAACAGAUAAAUGUGGCUGCCCAAUUACUUUGCUAAAUCCCUUACUUUCAAGGAACAAAUUAAAGCCUGUAAUUACAACAUACACAGUAUAAUUAAGGCUGUUUUUGAAAAAUAUAUCUAUGCUAACCCCCAUCCCAUCCCAUCCUCCUCCUUUUCCUGGAGUCUAAUUUUCUCAAAUCCCUCUCACUCUCUCUGAAAUUUUCAUUUUUUUCUCCCCUCCCCUCAAUUUAGAAUUAUGUUUAAGACUGAGCUAGUUUUUAUGACUGGGCAGGAAAAUGCAAUAGCAGACCAUUCAAUUAUUUCCUCUCUGCACAUAUAAUCUGAUACAAAAUGCGGUCACUUUGAUUAGCUUAUUUUCUGUCCAGAUUUCAUGCAUCAUGAAAAAACCAUUGUACCUGGGAAAACUUAAAUUUGCAGAAGCAAUUUGGGCACGCUGCUUGUUCUCUUAAUAAAUACAGCAUGCAUCUUUGUAUCUAGUUUUGCUUAAAAGAAUUAUAGUCAUGGAGGGUAUUUCCUAAGGCCUCUCUCUCUCUCUCUCUCUCUCUCUGUGUGUGUGUGUUUAGGAAAUGCCUAGCUACCUAUUUAGCAGGAGUGGUGCAUGUGAUUCUUGAUGUAAUCAAGUGCUUUGCCAAUAAUGAACUAAACUACCAAUCAUGUGCCCUGAUGGGGGAUGGGUGUGCUCCAGACAUUUCCUAACGUAUUACUGAUUUUGUAUAAGCAGGUGUUUUUAAUAUUCACAGUUCCGUUUGAAGUGGUAUAGGCCAGCAAGAACUGCACCACAUGACACCUCUCUUAAAUGGUCAAGGAAACUGGCCCUGAACCAAACAGGAUACUAUUUGACUCAGUUUUCAUAUCAUCAAUUCAAUUAAUGCGCUUUUCCAUUUCCAAUAAUACUUUAAUUUAUACUCUGUCAACUUCCAAUUAUAGACUACUUACUGACUUGUGUACAAUUUAAUUGCCUUUAUAUCUACGGGAGAGUUGGAAUUAACAUUUAAAUGACUGUCUAAUUUAACAUUGUCAUUCAGGACAGUUAAUCAGUCUGCACAACAUCUUUAACAAUCCAGAAGUAUAUGUUUUUAUUACAGUCUUACAUAAAAUUUGUGGGCAAUUUGUAAACCUGCUUAACAGUAGUGUUAUUCUUCUAAAACUAAUAUUUCUCCUCCUUAACUAAUUUGUAGAAAUAUAUCUAUAUCAAUAUCAUAUAUAUAUAUACACAUCACUAUGUAGCACUGUCAACAUGAAUGAGACUUUGAAGAGUAAAAGAAAAAUAUUACAGUCUAGAAUUUGACAAAGAGAGAGGAAGCACAGUGGAUGACUAACUAAAGUUUUAUGUCAAAGGCUUCACAAUUAGGUGGUUUUGAAGGCAGAUUUGGAGGAAGAGAAAUAUGGGGUAUCAUGCAGGUGUUCUAUGUGGCAGGUGGCGUUGUGGUCUAAACCACUGAGCCUCUUAGGCUUGCCAAUCGGAAGGUCAGGGUUCGAAUUUGCCUAACGGAAUGUGCUCCCAUUGCUUUGUUGCAGCUACUGCCAAUCUAGCAGUUUGAAAGCAUACCAGUGCAAAUAGAUAAAAUAGGUACUGCUGAGGCAGGAAGGUAAAUGGCGUUUCUGUGCACUCUGGUUCCCGUCACGGCCAAAAGCAGUUUAGUCAUGCUAUCACAUGACCCAGAAAGCUGUCUGUGGACAAACGCCGGCUCCCUCAGCCUGAAGUGAGAUGAGCACCACACCCCAUAGCCACCUUUGACUGGACUUAACUGUCCAGGGGUCCUUUACUUUUACCUUUUACCUCUGUGGUGGAGUGCCUGGGGAAAGAGCCUGGGGAAACGGAUGCUCUGGCCCCAAUAUCUACAAUGCUAACUCAACAUCAUCUUGGCCUGGUAUCCAUGGAAUGAAUGGUGCCAUGUUCUCAGAAUGCGAAUGGUUUUGAGUGGCAUGGCUAUUCCGCUGUGAUCUACCUCUCAGUUGUUCUUUUUGCAUCUGGUAAUUUGUGUAUUGUGUCUUUUAAAUAGAUGUUGAUGUUUUGGUUGUUUCUAAUUCUUAAUUUCUUGUAAUUGAGGGGGGUGUAAUUAUCUUGUAGUAUGUGAAACGCACUCUUGAAUUUCUUACUUUGCUUUUAAUUAAAUUUUGAAUUGCUGUAGGGAAAUAAAUGUGAUUUUGGUUGUGUUUUUUGACAUUUCUCUGGAUGGUAAACCACAAUGAGUAGUACAGUAAUACAAAAAGGCACUAUAAAAGUGAGAAAUGAAAUGAGUCCCUUCCAGGGAUAAGGGAUAGCAAGGGAGAAAAGACUGAAUAAUUAAAAACAGCACAAUUCUAACCAUAUGUGAAUAUGGGACAUUUCUUGGAGUUUAGCAAUGUAAAUAAAAUUAUAUAUGACAAAAACACCACAAGUUUCAACAGACCUCAUUCCAAGGAAACAGAACUUGGGUGCACACUGUGGCUCUAAGUUCUCACAACUCAGCAAACUGAGGCAUGUGUAACAAUACUUAAUGGAAAUAAGCCUCACUGGAGUUACACAAUUUCUUACUUCGUAAACAUGGACAGUCUAAGGUACUGAGACAUUAUCCGGUCCAGUUGGUUUAAUAUUGUGCCCUUCUCUUUUACAGAGGAGAUGCAGUGAUGGAGAAAGCAACACUUGUUAGAUUUCUGCAGCAAAACAAAGCCUCUGUUUUGAGUCCCAUUAGUGCAAUGAAGCUCCCCCCCUCAUGUCCCCCAAUUUGGCUUCUGUGGCUCUGGAGAACCCUCAGAACAGCCUGUGGGGGAGGAGAAGGGAGAUAGUUCUUGUCUGGAAGGUAGAAAUGCUUACAUGGAUGGAACAAUAGUAAAAGCACAAUGUUGAAUUCUUCCCUAACAGUGCAAACCUACGCCUGUUUACUUGGAAGUAAGUCCCUAGAAUAUUUAAGAAGGCUUAUCCUGGCAUUCCCCUGCAUUCAGAGACAGGAGCUGGAGAAUUGAGUGGAUGAGACUAAUAGUGGGUCCAAGGGUCAAGAAGGCGGUUUCUGCAUAUGCUGUAGAGGGAAGUGAGGGGCAGAUGGGGCUUGUCAACCUGGGAAGGUAGUCCAUCCAGGAGAAGGAAAACUCUGAUCCUAAACCUCCACUGCCUUGCAGAAUAUCUUUGGGAGAAGAAAAGGAUAAGGAGUAAACCCUACACAAAUCUGGACUGGAGUCCCCAAAAUGGUUGGACGGCACCUAGUAUGCCUCCUCCUAGCAACCACUGCAGCCAAGCCAGUGCCAAGUGUUUUCAUUUGGACAGCAUCAGCAAGGCUGAGAGUAGGGUCUUGUCAUCUGGGCAGCCCAGGACCUCCACACACACACUGCUCAGGCUUGUGCCUCGGGGAGGUCACUUCAGUGCUGCUAAUCUGGUGGUUUGACUUCACCCCCAGAGGCACACUCUAUUUUAUCUUGAGUUAGAGUUAGACAGAUGCCAACAACAUCCUCUAGUACAUCCUCUAUGGGACUUUUGGCCUUCCAAAUGUUGUCAUUGACAAUGCUUUAUGGGGCUGAUGGAAGUUGUGGUUUAGCAAUAUCUGGAGGGCCAAAGGUUCCCCACACCUGCUAUAGAAUAAGAGUGACUGAGUGACUGCCCCUAUUGUUGGAGUACAAUUCCCAUCACCCCUGACCAUUCACUGUGCUUGCUAGGGCUGAUGGGAGCUGGAGCCCAAUAUCUGGAGGAACUCCAUUGCCUAUCCUUGCUCUAGCAAAUGUGUUGAGUAUUUUAUCCUCAUUGCAUAUGGUAUCACAGUUAUGGAGAGUGAUAAUCUGUGGUUACAAGCAUACAUGUGUGCCAAGAGAAUGUCAACCUGCAAAUCUCAUUAUUUUUUUCUCUGUAGGAACUAGGGACCCAAUUGACCUCAACAUACUAUUGAAAACAGUCUGGAUUAAAAAAGACUAGCACUCUCUUCAAGCCCCGGCAGGCCCUAAGAUAUUAUCCUUCCUAUCAAUAAUAAGCUAAUGCCCCACAAAGCUAUUAUGGGCUCAUUUCAGAACUUUCCUUGGCUGUUUCUGGUAACUAGGGCAACUGGCUGUACAGGUGGAAGAACACAAAGCAUUACCACUGAAUUUUUUAACAAUUCCUAGAAAACAUUCUCCUCACUUUCUGCAAAACAUCAGUGAAAGGGGGUUGGAUAAGUAUUGCAUGCUGGCCAACAACUACACAGCAGUCUCAAACACAUGAGCCCAGCUAGGGCCUCAGCUGGUAAGCUCUGAUUUCAAAUGGCAUUUGCUUGUUUGGAUCAAUGAAACAUCUGCCCCUGUUUUUAACUAGUAGCUAUGAUGAUGACAGGAUAGUGCUAUCCUGUUGCAAUUGAUGGAAUGGGCAUUAGGGAACUAGUUUCUACUCAAUCCCUAGCUCCAAACAUGACUCUAAAUUUGGGUGGGAUUCUCAUAUCUACCCAGGUUUUCACAUCAUAAGAGCAUUGUUCUCAUAGGGGCCAGCUAGGUGCUGAUGGGAAGCUCAUGAGCAGGAUGACCUGAGUGCAGCAGGGCUCCUCCCAUUUCUGAUUCCUAGCAACUGGCGUUCAUUCAGUGCAGUGCGCAACUAAGAAGUGCAACUAAUCAGGCACAAACUGGGCAGUUAGAGGGCCAAGAAUGAGCAUGGCAUGUGUGUGUGUGUAAAAGUAAGCACUCCUUCUGAUAGAGAGAGGAGCCUUGUCAAUUUUGUUCAUACACAAUGAUGAGAUAACAUUCUUAAAAAAGUUCAUAAUUGCUCAAAGAUUGAACACAUAUUUAGCUCUCAAUACAUCAUGCUAAGAUUCACAAAUUAGGUUGGUUUUAAUUUAAAGAGUGUUCAGAGUGACCGGGGGGGGGGGGGGGGAGAUAUCCGCUCCAGCUAUUAAAUCAUUUUCACUUUGACCCAAGUCAAUAGUGGCCAUGUCCAAUUACCUCCAUGAUGCUGAAUCUCUAAACUGCUCUCUCAGCGAAACAUCUGUUUCUCAUUAUAGGACCUUGCCAGGAAGAUAGUGAAGCUCUGGAGUGCAAAAUGUCCUUGUUCUGGUAGCAGUGCUAUAGAGCGAUUUUGGGUAGGGUGGCAAACCAGAGGGCAAAGUGGUGAAGAGGGGAAGAGUAUGGAAAGCAUAGAAAUGGGCUCAGGACAGACAUGACACCUGAGAUUUAGGGGAAUGGAAGGAAGUUCAUGGGAUGGAGGUUUUCCCAGCCCACUCCUCCUCACUCCUGCAGUUGCCCACAUCUCUUGUGAGGGCUGGAGGUGGGUCACUGUGCUAUUUGUUUUCUGGGACUCACCUCUUUAUACGCCUCUAUUCCACAUGGGUCACAUCCACACCAUACAUUUGACCACUUUAACAGCCAGGGAGAGACCUGGGAACUGUAGUUUGCUAAGGGUGAUGGGAAUUGUAGCUCUGUGAUGUCAGCACCCUUAGCUGGGUACAGUGUGCGGGAUUGUUCACAACUGUCCAUGUGGUCUAAUAGAGAUUUAAAUGCAUGGAUGUGGCAUUGGAGCCAUUUUCUGUGUGCUGCAGUUGUAUUGAUUUUCUUUUAUUUUUAUUAUUGUAGAUUCUGCAGCCGUAAGCCGCCCUGGGACCUUAGGUGAAGGCCAGGUAAGAAACCUUAUAAACUAGUAACAAUACAAGCAGCACUUGGAAGAAACCCAAGGCAGACAGCCCACCUGAAUCAUGGUGGGGAAAGGCAAGACCAAGACUCCGUAAGUUCUUUUGUGUGACCCCCUCUUGGCCCCACCCUGGCAUCACUGCACUAGCCCCAACCCCAGUGUCCAUUCAUGGAACAUUGAUGCCUGCCAAGGGGCAUGAGCAGGUGAAUGCACAAAGGCAACACGUGCAAUUUGGGCUUUAUGCACUAUGCCUUUGUAUUGUAGGACCAGAGACUCUCAGGUCUGCCUCUCCCCACACGAUCCAACCCGGACUCUCCAUUUAUCAUCUGAGACCUUUCUCCAUGAGAGGUCUGGAUGGUGGCAACAUGGGAACAGGGCCUUUUUUGCAGGGGCUCCCCGUUUGUGGAAUGUUCUCUCUAGGAAGGUUUGUCUGGCGCCUUUGUUACAUAUCUUUAGGUGCCAGGCAAAAACAUGCCUCUUCAACCAGACCUUUUGCUGAUUAAUAUUCUGCAGCCUUUUAAAGGUGUUUGUGGGUGCCUAUUGUUUUGUUGCUUCUGGUUUAACUAUUUAUUUGUGCUUUUAGCUUGUCUUUUUAUCUCGCAAGCUGCCCUGAGAUCUUUUGAUGAUGAGUGGUAAUAUAUAUAAAUCUAGACAUAAAUUUAAAAAUAAAAAACAUGGCUGGGGUUUUAAGGCUAGGGCAGGCAGUGCAGUGGUAGGCCCUGAAAGCUGUCUGAAGAUAUCACAUCCCUGUGUUUGGCUGCAAGUUCCUUACAUGUUAACCAAUCUCAUCUUUUUAGUUGAUUUUGUGCUUUGAAAGGUGUCUGGUCCCCUUUUUACUGCUCUGGAGUGUGCACUCUUACCAGACUUCUCUUUUAAAAAAAGAACAGUGCAGCAAGGCUGCCUCCCCCUGUAAUGUAGCUGCAGACAAGCCACAGCGGAAGUCAUUUCAGUGUAAAGUGCAGGGGUGAAAGGAGAGUAUCACCUGAAGGAUUUCUGCAGGGGUUAAAGGCAUUGAAGGUUCUACUAAGAAAAGGGGAGCGGUUUUUGGUUGGUGACCUGGAUGCUCAUUCGCUGCCAUGACCUUUAGGCUUGCUUUAUUUUUAUUUGUGUCACCAUCAGGAAGAAGAGCUCCGUCAUGCAGCGCAUUCACCCACCCCUCUCUUUUCCCUUGCCUUUUGUGGCAACCUUUUCUUUUUCUCUUUAUAAACAUGGCUUUUCCAAGUAGAACUUUGACACGGGUGGCGCUGUGGUCUAAACCACUGAGCCUAGGACUUGCUGAUCAGAAGGUUGGCAGUUCGAAUCCCCACGACGGGGUGAGUUCCCGUUGUUCAGUCCCAGCUCCUGCCCACCUAGCAGCUCGAAAGUAUGUCAAAGUCCAAGUAGAUAAAUAGGUACCGCUCCAGCGGGAAGGUAAAUGGCAUUUCCAUGCGCUGCUCUGGUUCGCCAGAAGCAGCUUAGUCAUGCUGGCCACAUGACCCGGAAGCUGUCUGUGGACAAACGCCGGCUCCCUUGGCCUAUAGAGCAAGAUGAGCGCCGCAACCCCAGAGUCAUCUGCGACUGGACCUAACAGUCAGGGGUACCUUUACCUUUUUUCUUUCUCUAUAAACAUGGCUUUUCCAAGUAGAACUUCUCUGCCUUUACCCAUUCUCACCAUUAGGUGGCCCCUCGUGUCCUCAAAUGCCUGCUGAAAGCUGGUUGAGCAGGUGAAUGCUUCUUAUUGGUUUAGUAGAGCCAUGAUGCCACUGGGCAGCCCCUUUUAAGAGAAAAGCUAGAAACAGUGUGUGAAGAGCUUGGAACAGUAGCCUUGUUCUGAGGAAGUGGAAAAUCUGUGAACUGUCAUUUCCAAACAAUCAUGAGUGAGGUGAGUGGACAAAAUGCUUUUAAUACGGAGGGUAGCAGGUAGAAGAGAACAGGAGGAUGAAUAGAAGAGAACGAUGCAGAUUCUUUUGAAUCAGACAGAAGGCUAAAUAGAAAAAAGAGGAUUCAAACUGUGGAAUGUUUUAAGUUUCAAAAAGGCUGGCAUCCAUCAGAGAGUUUAACAAUGGCUAGAUUAAGGUUUCCUAGGGAGAUGUAAGACAUCAUUAGCAAACAGUGAACUGACCUGUUUUAGAACAAUCAGGUAAUCCUCACAGAGGCUGCAAUCCUAUAUCCAGUUACCUGGCAGUAAGCCCCAUUGAACUCAGUGGGACUUACUUCUGCCUAAGUCAUGCAUGAGGGUUGCACUGAGACAGACUUAAAAGCAAUGCAACAGCCUUUUGUUACUCUCGAAAGAGUUUGCUGGCGUUUGAAGCAUCGGCUUUGCACAGUUUGCCAAAAUCCCAAAUAGGUAGCCUUGUUUCUCAUUUUCAUUAGGAAUUAAUGUAGGAGGGCAUUGUAUCUUCUUAAAGCAAAGAGACUGAUUUCCGUAUAUGUUUUGCAUCCUUCAGAAGCAAGCUGAUGUAUGCUAAAGUUUAGACAUCAAAGUGCAAAGCUGACUUUUUUUUGGGGGGGGGAAUCGCUUUGCUUCUCAUUGCUCUCUAUCUAAAGUAGCUGCUUUAGCUGAACAUAUUUUUGUAUACAUAAGUAAAAAUGCAGGUGGUAUGGUGCAUAAAAAGGAACUUUGCGUGUGUGUGUGUGUGUGUGAGAGAGAGAGAGAGAGAGAGAGAGAGAGCGUAUGUAACAAAAAGGUAAAUUAAGUCAGUAUGCAUGUAUCUGUUCCAGUGAAAUUGUUUCCAGUUUCUAGAUGUAUAAUGCAUUUUUCCAAAUGACAUGACAGCUCCACUAAUAGAGCAAUAGUAUUUUUGGAUGCACUUUCUCAUUAUAAAGAAGAAUUCUAUUUCUGGCAGAAGAGUCAGAAUUCUACCCAAUUCAAGUAGGGUAGAGUUGACACUUGCACAAAGUUAAGAAUCUCUUUUAGGAAGGCUAUUGUGUAAUAUUCUGUAUUUGUUAAGUUUAUUAAUAGUGCCUAGGAUAAAGGAUAAAAUCAAUGGGAUGGAGUCAACCAGAAGGGUGUGUCUAUGUGUGUUUGUGGGGAGAAUAAGGAAAUUGUUGUUCUUUCAAUGUGGAUUACCUCCAUCCAUCCAAAGAGGUGUGUUUUCCUUUUAAGAGCUUUUACAAAGAUAGCAGCAAGUCUUGCAUUUCAGGAGAAAUGCAUUGCCCAAGAACCAGGAGGAUUCCUCCUCCUAUGAUGUUUUGACCAUGUGUAUUGAAUACAUGGCUAACACACUCAUUCUUCCAGAGCUUAUUCACUUUCCCACUUGAUGCUCACAGCUGAAUAAAUAAACUGGAAAAGGUCAACGUUUUAGCAUGCAAAUUGCAUUAAGUGUCCCUUUGUCACAUACCUUAAAUGAACCAGCUUAUCUGAUGUGGCCCCAUUCUUAUGCAGAAGUUUUCCAAAGGUUUUCCUGAUUUUUUUUAAAACAAAAGAUUAAACCUAAUUGCUGUUGUGCAUAGCUUUAUUCUCUUGGAUCAGAUUUAGCUCCAUUCCUUUGUCACUACCUAUUCAUACAAUCGUCAUUCACACUGCUACAGUUCACAUUCAGUUCCUCUCAGAGGAAAUCUCCCUUCUCUCCAAUUCAGUGCUUACCAUGUACCAAAAAUAGGAAUAAGCCUGUACCAAAAAUAAGAAACUCACAUUAUUAAUCAUACGUUCCCAAAUCAGUGUCGAGUAGCUAUUAUUGAAAGUUGGACUCCCAGAGAAAGCCACAUUGGAGGCUAAUUUAAAGUGCUCCAAACUCUGCCAGAGCUGUCUAGUAUUAUUGGAUCAUUAAUUUACAGUCCUUCAACAAGUAAUAAAUUUACAUUCUAUCAUGCAUGCUUACAUUGUUCCUGUGAUGCAGAAAAUGAGGAAAGCCUGUAAACUUUUUUCAACUGCCUUAAACAAAGUAUAAAAACAAAUCUCUGCACAGUUUCCCCCUGCUUUCAAGAUGAAAAACAAUCCCAAAACAAGGGAAGUUGCAUUAUCAUAGAAUCAUAGAAUCAUAGAGUUGGAAGAGACCACAAGGGCCAUCGAGUCCAACCCCCUGCCAAUGAAGUCGUGCUAAAUGCUAGCAGAAAGGCAAUCACUUUAUCUAGCGUUUUACAUCUACAGAUUUUGGCCAGGGCUCCUGAUAGAAUAAUCUGAUCAUUCAGUGAACUGUCUUCUGAUUUGGUUCCCCAGCCCCCCUUCAUCUUAUUAUCUGGCUGAAACCUGACAUAAUGUAACGGAAAAGAGCGGGUCAAAUAUGGCAAUGAAAACAAUGUCCCAAAAUAGCCUUGAGUAUGCAGCUAGCAGAGAAUGGCCCAGAGGAUGUGGUUGUUUUUGUACUAAGAACAGUUAGACUCCCAAGUAAGCUAAACAUUUGGAUUUCGGAUGCUCUCGACCAUUCAGAAACGCUGAGCCUCCAACUAGAUUUACUUAAUUCCAUUUGAUUUUUCUCAUUUUCCUGCUUCCAGAUGGGCAUCAGCUUUGUUACCCUUUUAUGGCUGUGGAAAAACAAACAGCAUAGCGUAUUCAUUAGUUUGAUCUUAUCAUCCGUCUCUUUUGCCCAUUUCAGUUAAUUGGUGGAGCUUUCUUCUUUUUCUCUUGAAACGUCAUGUUCUGAUAGCAUACGAUUAAACACGAGAAGCACCAGGGCUUUCUAGGACCUGAGUGAGAUGUUGAGUGACCAGGAAGCCGCAGAGACUUUGUUCUUCUGAAUAAUACUUAUGAGAAACUUGAAUAUCUAUCUAUCUAUCUAUCUAUCUAUCUAUCUAUCUAUCUAUCUCUAUCUAUCACUAACUAACUAACUAACUAACUAACUAACUAACUAACUAUCAUCUAUCUAUCAUCUAUCUCUGAAAACUUAAAUCCCAUGUAUUCUCUUCUGAGAAAUGAAAGAUAAAUUAUGCUUCCUUUUAUCUCCUUCUUGACACAUUGUGAGAGUCAGUAGGGUAUAAGGGUGGUAAUAUUGGACACAGACUGGGAAGACCUGGAUUCAGCUCCCUGCUCAGCAGUGAAACUCAGUGGGUGACCUUGAGCCAGACAUGAAAGCCUUCAGAAGUUGCACGUUAAAGGAAUGGAGAAGGAACAGACUGUGUCUGCUGUCUCUCUUGAUGUUGCCUCCUCCUCCUCCCCCCACUGGCCCACCCCCAGACUUCCAUUUGAAGUCCUGAAAGUCAUGAUCUGGAAUCUUGCACAUUCAGGGUUCCAAAUCACGUAGCUCAGCUUUGUGUAUAGACCUGUAGGCAGGUAGGCAUCCCUUUCAGUCUUGAGCGUGAUGGUGGGGUCAGUCCUGCUUCCUCUCCAUAUAUUUAAUUUUUGCGUGGAGGCAGCCUCUGGGCACAGCUUAACUCUUGCAUUAACCUAGCUUGCAGGUUUGCCAGAGACAUGUGAUUGGCCACUGUAGGAACUGGGUCCUCGACUAGUUGGGUCCUUGACCAAAUCCAGUAGGGCUCUUCCGAUGUGCCUAAGUUCCUACCUUACAGUGCUAUGUGCAUAAAUUGUGGGAGACAAUGCACAUUGCCCUAAGUUUUAUUUGGGAAAAGUUAGGGCAAAAGUAUUAAUUUCAGGCUUUGUAUUAAUAUAAGUAUAUGUGAGUAUAAUGCAGUUAAAAUGUGGGGCAUCUUCUUGUGGUAACCAAUGAGACGCAAGCCCUUUUCAUACAGUGCUAAUGUAUAGGGAAACCACUGGCACAAUGGAGUGGGAAGCCACUGUUGACCCCAACAUCACACACCUUCAAACACACUGCCGCUUCCCCUUUGGUGUCCACAUUUUUUUGUAAACAUACUGUGAGUUGCCUGUGACAAGUCCAAUCAAUUUAAUAAACAAUAAAUAAUGUGAGCAGCCCCAGUUACCUAGGAUGGAUGGAUAGAUAGAUAGAUAGAUAGAUAGAUAGACAGACAUACAGACAGAUGGAUGGAGAUGGAUGUCUGGGAUCUAGUGACAACAUAUAGCAACUACCACCCCUGAAAUACAAAGCAAAAGUAACCCAUGUGUCUUAAAAUUAAAUAAGCUGCCCAUUCAAUUGUAUGAUGCACCAGUCCCAGAAGGGAUUAUGGGGACUGAAAUACCGGAGGAAAUCACUCCAGGAGAUGGUCCCUCUUUCACCCCAAAACUGCCCAGCUCUUUACAACAAGGGAUGUACAGCUAGAUUGAGGAGAGAGCAAGAUAUUUAUGCAACUUGAUGAGGAACGAAUUCCUCAGCUGGCAAAAGGUGGGUGUGGGGGGAAGGAAGGCAAAGACAGAUCACUUAAUAAUUUGAACUGACAUCCCUUUAUUAGAUGGGUGGUGCCCUGUCAUUUGAAAGAGAGAGGGCAAAUGAUGUCUUAAAUGUGUCACUUUGCCCACGCUCCCCUUCAGGACAGAGUAAGGAUUCGUUGCUCUUCAGCUCUGGGCUGGUGAGACUGAUGGAAUGUGCUUUUAAAGAUAACUAUAUACACAUUUCCAUCCCCUAAUUGCAUGAGUGACUACAGCACAUUCCAUCUUAUUUACUGAAGAUCUUUACUAGUAAAAACACAAUGCUCGGAGAUGUCCCAGGUAAUCCCACUACAAUGUAUUUUGCAUCUUUCACACUCCCUUUAAAAAGAGGUGCAGGGGUCAAGCUAGCAUUCCAAUUUUAAAUGGAAAAUUAUGGUGGGCAUACAUAGGAACUUAUAUUCAGAUAGCCCGGUGUCCACAGGAGAUCUCACCUUGCAGGGUGCUUUGCGGCUUUCCCCCUCUCCUUGAAAACAAGAGUAGAUGUUAAGCACAGUAUUCUGUACACUAACCUUAAUUGAGGUAGAUCCAUGCAAACACAUUUUCAGUGUGAUACAAUUUGUAAUUUCCUUUUCUCUGAAAAUAGGUAUUGGGAGGGCAGGUGAAUUUGCACUUGAACCUAAAAUGUAGAAUCGUGUCCUGAAUGUGUUUACCAAAUUUCAUGGAGAUAUUUGAUUACUCAAUCCAGUUAUUUCCUCACAAACAAGCAAGCCUAUAAAUGGAAUGUAAAGCAGGUGAGCUUAUUCUCGCUUGCUCAGCUAGUUAUACUCCGUAAAUUUGAAAUAAAACAUUCAGUUUCCUUCAUUGCCUGGUCAUUAUAACUGUUAAUAAAUGACUCAUGGCAAAAGAUUCACUAUCAAAAUAAUAUUCUCAUCAAACUUAGAAAAUGAGAUCAUUUUCAUGCGCAACACCACCACAAAGUUUUUAAGUGUUAGAAUGGAGAAUAAUGCCAUUCAAAUACCCAGAACCAUUUAAUGAAGUGUAUUGGCCUCCUAUGUUUCAAACCACAUCUGAAUAUUCCUCAGGAGCAUCCAUAGCACCCCUUUUUGUGUUCAAUGAAUAUGUGAGAGGGCAGUGAGAACACAUUUCCUGGGCAUGCCCUUCUUGUACCGCUGUGACAUCUGAUCGUGCUCUCUCCAGCAGCUACAUAUUUGGCAUUAUUGCAACUCUGUACCUCUUUAACUAACUUGUAUAUCUGAACAACUGUGAUUAGCUUAAAUUCCCAGUCAGGUAGAGGAAUGCUAUACACAUACAGAAGAAUCUGCUGUACAUAGGGCCCCUUUCUUACUAAUGCUGAAUGUUUGGCCACCCAGGGCACAUCAAAAGUUGCAUCAAGGUGGGUAAGGCCUGGCCAGGACACAGGGUUUCCCUUCCCACCUCACAUGUUCACUGAAUGUGUGACGAGUGUUGUAUGAACACCAGUUUUGUCUCUGGUACAACUAAGCCAGAAAGUACCAUAUUUACUUGAAUCUAAUGCCAAAUUCUGGGACGUGGGUGGCGCUGUGGGUUAAACCACAGAGCCUAGGACUUGCCAAUCAGAUGGUCGGCAGUUCGAAUCUCCCGUUGCUUGGUCCCUGCUCCUGCCAACCUAGCAGUUCGAAAGCACAUCAAAGUGCAAGUAGAUAAAUAGGUACCGCUCCAGCGGGAAGGUAAACGGUGUUUCCGUGCAGUGCUCUGGUUUGCCAGAAGCGGCUUAGUUAUGCUGGCCACAUGACCCGGAAGCUGUACGGCGGCUCCCUCAGCCAAUAAAGCAAGAUGAGCGCUGCAACCCCAGAGUUGGUCCGUGACUGGACCUAUGGUUAGGGGUCCCUUUACCUUUAAUGCCAAAUUGCAUUGUGAAAAUUGAGGUUUGCAUUAGAUUCGAUGGCACAUUUACAUUCGCCAGCAAAUACUUUUUUUGGUUUCAAGGUUCUGAAAACUGAGGUGUGCAUUAGAUUCGAUGCCACAUGGUAAAUUCUGAGAAAAUUGCUCACAUUUUUUACUUUCUCAUCGCAGCUCCCCCCUGCCCCCCACAAAGAAGGCACUUUGCAGGAUUUCUCCUAAAUUCUCUAUCAUUGUCUCUGGAGCAGCAGCAAAAACAAAACACUACCUUGUGGGUUGAGGGGGAAAUGCAGUUGUGCUAUUGCUAUUGCCACUGCCAACGGUGAGUUGCUGUCCUCCCAUUUUUUUUAGAAGACCCCACCCACCCAAGAAAUUCAUUAAAGUCCCUUCCUCUCAGUUUCUCUGCUCACAAAUAGGGUGGAGAAUUUCAAGGGGACAUUUGCACAAAGGUCACCACUAUACUGCCCCCUGUUGUUCUAAACCAUUCAAUUGGUUUAUGUACUCAAUAAGCAUGUAAGAGGUGCACACCUGUUUGGGGAAAGGGAGUGAUUCUCCUGUGCUGAUAACUCCCUUAUCAUUGUCACAAGGUACAUAAAAAUAACCGCAGAAAGAAUUCAUUGCACACACACACAUACACUUACCUGGAAAGUAUCCAUUAACCUUGGACCUUAUUGUUCAGCUGAGAUCUCCUUUGCUCCGCUCCUACUGAAUUCCGGGUUGGUAUUCCUGCUGCCCUUAGUCAUACAGUCAUGUGAAACUGCUGCCAUAGGCAGGAUGAAGACUCUUGCUACUUGCCGGAAAAUGCCUAAGGAAGUAAUUUUGGGUUUUGAUGGAUGAAACCCAUCCAUCUCAGUUAGGAACAGGGUGAGAUCUUUCUGAGCCUUUCUUGGAUAAGUAUAGUGGCCAUGUACAUACCAUCAAAAAAGAUCCAGAUUUGCAUAACAUUUGUAUAUACUAACAUAGAUGCAAAUUUAGAAAUAUAGCUAUAAUUUAAAUGGAUAUACAAUACAUCACACCACAAUCGGGGAGACUGUGAACAGAUGACCUUUGCUCCUGCUUAGUUAGAUACUUAUUGUUGAUGGGAAAUCUCCGGGCUAUUCUAAUUAUUCGUCUACUAUAUAUUUUGGAAACUUGUUUGCUAUGUAUUUGGACCUCCUAAGAUAUCAUAGCCAAAUUUUGCACAAUGGUUCCUGAGAUCAAGGAUCAGGUUUCGAUUAUGUCUGGAUACAAUUGGAUGCCAUUUCGAAUCAAAAUUCUGAAUUAAAAUUCACUGAUUUUAACCAUUGAUUUUCAAAACAACACUGAUUUUUUGGUUUAUUGGAAUUCCUGAGCAACGCCAGGUACAAGGCUGCUACUUAUCUUUGAAUUGGACUUGGACUAGACAAAUGUUCAAAUGGAAGAGUUCUUCAACUAGAGUACUGUUUGCUGAUAGUCUUUCAAAUAUGGAAUUGCUUUCUGUAAUGUGCAUAUUGUGGAGUCUCAGAAAAACUGGGCUUCUUCCAAGAGUUCCGUAAUUCUCAGAAAGACCCACCCUGCGAAGAUCCUGCACUGUCACCUGUUCUUUCGUUUUAUACUUUCCUUUCUCUCCCACUUUCAUAAGCUUACCAAGACUUGGGGUGAGGGGAAUACAGCAGCAGGGAGGGGCUUGCAAAAGCAGACUACUCUCCCUGUGUCUUAUGAGUAUGCUUAGAACUUGCAUUGUUGCUGGGAGGUCUGGGAAGUGUAGUUUAAAUAAGGAAGAAUAAAAACAACUGUGGAAUUCUCAAGAGUUCAAAUGGGGAAUGCAAACAUGGAGCAUGCUCAGAAGACUUUGUUCUGGAUAGUGAAAAGUAGUUUAGAAAACGGUCCUUGCUUCCUCUGGGUGCUAUUUUCCCUCCUCACAAGCUUGCGAAUGAGAAGGAAGGAAUCUGGCACCAAAGGCUGGUGCUGAGCCAUUAUGAUUGUUUGUAAUGGCAUGCAAAAAGCACGAUUCAACAGUGCAUUGACCGCCACUUGGUUGCUAAAGUUUGGCCUUUGAUGUGUUCUUAUUGCUGUGGUCACUGCCGGAUGAAGGUGGGGGCAGAGGGGAAGUCCGCCCCGGGUGCCAUGGGGGGGGUGACAUCACAGCCGCUCCUGCCCCCACCUCCAGGAUGCUCGUAGCUCGUCACGCAUGCCCUGGGAUGCGUGCUGCUUGCCGUGCACCCCCCACGUGCACCACGCCCCUGUGGGCAGCAGGCCACACCCCCUGGGACACGCACCAGCCACGCCCCUGGAUGUACGCUACUCCUGGUGCCGGAGCAGGUAGCUUUGCCCCUGGCUGUGGUGUGCACAUGCAGAUGACUAGAGGCGCAAAAGUAAAAUACUGUAGCUUUAAUUUGACCAGUCAGCAAGCAAGUGCAGUGUGUAUGAAAGAGUCUACAAUGACACUGGCUUGCCAAGGUUUCAGAAAAGAAUACUUACCAGACCUACUUGGAGAUGCAAGGGACAAUGCAUUCUUUCCCUCAAAGAAUUAUGGGUUACCCCUCACAGAGGUACAGUUCUCACCUGCUUCUGUUGCCUCACUUUUGCAAUAUUUGCACAUGCGCACAACAGUUGGCAACUUUAAAUACUGGUCCAUAGACAAGGACAGGGAGAUAGUGCAAGACCUCAGGUUACAUAUACUUCAGGUUGCAUACUGUCAGGGAACUGCCAUCGGACGGAAGGGAGGUGAAAGGGCUCACACAGGUUGGGAGAGACACAGCAGCUGAAGAGGGAACCAACAGGGAGGUGAAAGGGCUCACACAGGUUGGGAGAGACGCAGCAGCUGAAGAAGGAACCAGCAGGGGAGAGGAGCUGAGCUGGAGGGAUGGCUCAGAGACACUUCCAGCGAAAACAGUGGGGAGGUUUCAGAACCUCCUGUAAGAACACCCACUCCUCGCCGGAAACUGUCACGCAGAGAUUCCAGAAGACGUGUUUCCGUUAAGGAGCUUUUAUGUUGGAAGCGAUUACGAAAGCAACCACUGUCGGAAUCUACUAGUGACUAGAGCAGCCAUGUCUGAGGGGCUCCGUCACAGACAGAGGUUUGUGGACUUGAACAAACUCUGAGGGGAUACUAUUUUACGCACAAGCAGCUCAUCAUCCCAUCACAGCAUUCCGACAGUCUUUGAAAGCAGCUUGUGCAGGAGAAGGCAUCAUGAGCAACCCAGCCGCAACCGGAGAAGCAGGAGCUGGAGCGGGUCCAAGCCUGGAAGAAAGGUACCAGAUGUUGGAGGUCCAGCUAGCGAUGCAGACGGCGAGGCUUGAGGAGAGGAGGGCUCAGGAUGCAGACAAAGGGGGAAAGCCACCCAGUUCGCCAGAAAGGUACCAGGAUUGGUGCAGAAGUUUGGGGGGGAGCCCAAAAACUAUCAUGGUUUUCGGACAGAAAUGCAAUAUGCCCUCAAUCUGCAGUUUGAUGAAUUCCUGACGAGGAAUCACGAGUGGCUUUCGUGAUUGAGCAUCUUGAAAAGGGGGCGAGAGACUGGGUUAGACCCCUGAUGGCAGCGAAUAGUGACGUCUUAAAGGACACGAUGAAGUUCUUUCGCGCCAUGGAUCUGAUGUUUUCCAGCGAUAUUGAAAAGGGAGUGGUGCGCAGACAGUUAAUGGGUUGCAAACAGGGGAGCCGAUCUGUCCGUGAGUACUGGACUGAGUUCACCAUGCUUGUUCACAGAUUGGGGUGGGACUUAUCGGCGGAACCCAUUCAAAUGCUCUUUGAAGAAGGGCUUUCUUCGGCUGUGAAAGACGAACUUUCCCGGGCGCCCAGGGCGGAGUCUAUGGACCAGCUGACCAAAUCAGCGCUGGCCAUAGGAGCGCGCCAGGAGGCGAGAGCAUUGGAGAGGCGGGAAGGGAAAGGGGAACGUUGGAAGGAGUUCCGCAUUCCAGACAUUCCAGAGCCAACUUUCCCACCGGCAGAGCCGAUGGAAAUCGGAACAGCGCGCGCGCGCAGUUUCAAAGCCCAGUGAGGGGGCAAAGAAGGAGGGAAAAGGCGCCCGGAAAUGCUAUCUCUGCCAACAGCCAGGUCACUUUGCCAGAGUCUGCCCCCAGAGGAAAGAAUGGCAAGGGAUGGUAGGAGCUGUGGAUGGAAGAGAGGAAAAAAUACCGGAGCAAGUAAAAGCCAACGCCUGGCUGCCACUGUCAGGGCACAGCAGCCAGGCCAAAGAGCAGUGAGAGUGCCCACGCCAGAACCUCCUAAACCCGCCCUAGUGAUAGAAGUGACGCUAGAGCUGCCAAACGGACACCCUCUAAAGAUAAAGGCGCUGUUGGACUCAGGCAGCUCCUGCAAUUUCAUGAGCAAAGAGUUUGCAGCUGAACACCAGAUACAGACAAUCCCUUUAAGCAGCCCCUGCAGGUUACCACGAUCGAUGGCAGGGAGCUGUUGGGUGGAGAAGUCAGCUUGCAGACCGUCCCAAUGAUAAUGAAGGUAGCAAGGCACACCGAACUGAUAGCUUUUAAUGUGGCCACCUUGGGAGGAGCUCCCAUUAUAUUGGGGAUGAGCUGGCUAGCGUUACAUGAUCCGCUGGUGGGCUGGCAUCAGAGAGUGGUUUCUUUUGGUUCAGCACAUUGCUUAGAACACUGCAAAGAGGGAAAGGGUUUGGCAGGGGUCCAAGCCACCUAGCAUGGACUGAAGUAACAGAGAACGUGGAGGUACCACGACAAUAUGCAGAUCUCCGUGACGUCUUCAGCGAAAGGGAAGCUGACCAACUACCCCGCAUAGACCCUUUGACUGUCAAAUCAACUUACUCCCUGGAGCACAGCUCCCUGUAGGCAAGCUGUACGCCAUGUCAGACAGAGAGAUGCAGGAGUUAAGAGAGUUCAUUGACAAGAACCUGAAGAGAGGGUUCAUCAGAGAGUCCAGGGCGGUGGGGGCAGCCCAGUGUUUUUGUGGAUAAGAAAAACACGAACAAGCCGAGGCUGGUGUGUGACUUCAGGGCCUUAAAUGCAGUGUCAGAACCAGUAGCCUUCCCUAUGCCCAGGAUUGACGACAUUUUGACAAGGGUGCGGAAGGGAAAGAUUUUUACAAAGCUGGACCUAAGGGGGGCGUACAACCUGGUACGAAUAAGGAAGGGGGAUGAAUGGAAAACCACUAUGUUCACCCCUUUAGGGGCAUUUGAAUAUUUGGUUAUGCCCUUCGGCCUACAAGCAGGCUCCGCAACAUUUCAAUCGUUUAUGAACCACGUCCUGGGGCCUUUGCUUUACAAGAAUUGUGUGGCCUUUUUAGACGACGUGUUGGUGUAUUCUGAGAAUGAGGAGCAGCAUGUGAGGGACGUCAGAGAAGUGUUGAGCAGGCUGCAAGCCAACCAGCUGUGGGUGAAACUGGAGAAGUGUCAGUUUCAUACCAAGGAGGUGGAAUUCCUGGGGUAUCGCCUGUCAGACAAGGGAUUGGCCAUGGAUCCCGGCAAGGUCCAGGCGGUACUGGAAUGGAAAACACCCAAAACAAAGAAGGAUGUGCAGAGGUUCCUAGGAUUUGGGAACUUCUAUCGUAAGUUCAUCCGAAACUUUGCCCACCUGACGGCGCCCAUUACGGACUGUCUCAGCAGUAAGAAGAAGUUCGUGUGGACUGAGGAGGCGGAGCGAGCAUUUGAGGAACUAAAAGGGCCUUCGCCUCGGAACAACAACUCCUGCAUGUGGAUUUACAAAAACCGAUGAGAGUGGAAACUGACGCAUCAGACAGAGCGAUUGGGGCGGUGCUUCUGCAGCCAGGCAAGAAGGGGUCAGAGUGGAGACCGUGUGCCUUUUUUCGCGAAAGCUGAACAAAUCCGAGAGGAACUACACGGUGUAUGACCGAGAACUACUAGCCAUUUAUGAGGCGUUCCGGAGAUGGAGGCACCUGCUAAUUGGCGCACAACAUAAGGUGCAAGUGUGCACCGACCACAAGAACCUAGAGUAUUGGAGGACGGCACGAGUGCUCAACCAACGGCAAGUGAGAUGGGCCCAGGAGUUCUCCAAAUUUAACUUUGAGAUUAGUUACGUGCCAGGCACAGAGAACAUUAGGGCGGACGCUCUCUCACGCAAACCUGAAUAUUUGGAGGGGGAGGGGCACCGAAGAGAGACAUGUCAUUCCAGAAAACCGCUGGGUGUGUGGGGCGGCAUUGGUGGGACAAAGAGAACUGGUAGAGGAAACAGAGAAUGAUGAAUACGCCCAGAAUAAGCUCAGAGGUCUUAGGGGUGAUGGAGAGGAACCAGGGGUUUCGAGGAAAGAAAUGGAGCUUUGUAUUACAAAGGGGCACUGUAUAUCCCUGAAGGAGAGUUAAGGGGGGAGGGUACUCAAGCAGUUGCACGACAGCCCUACGGCGGGGCAUUUUGGACAACACAGAACCAUGUGGUUGGUCACCAGGGAAUUUUGGUGGCCUAAGGUGAGGGAAGAUGUACGUGAGUAUGUAAGAGGGUGCGAGCAAUGCCAGCGAGCCAAAGGGGAAAGGCGGGCGCCGGCGGGGCUAUUAGAACCCUUACCAACCCCAGAACGACCUUGGGAGGCAGUGUCGAUAGAUUUUAUGACUGAUCUGCCGAAGUCCAAAGGGAAAACAGCCAUCAUGGUGGUGGUAGACCUACUAACAAAGAUGUGCCACUUUGUAGCUUGCUCGCAUGCAGUCACGGCGGAAGAGACAGCGAAGUUAUUUGUAGAAAACAUUUUUAGGUUGCACGGGGUGCCAUUGAGGGUGGUCUCAGACCGAGGAAAACAAUUUACUUCCAGGUUCUGGAGGAAGCUCAUGAGCUUACUGCAGGUGGAGGUCAAUUUUUCGACUGCCCGGCACCCUGAAACCAACGGGCAGGCGGAAAGAGCAAACGGUGUCCUCCAGCAAUACCUGAGGUGUUAUGUCAAUGACAGAGAGAAUGACUGGGUAGAAAAGUUGGCGCUGGCGGAAUUUGCCUACAACAAUGCCGAGAAUGUGUCCACAGGGAUGAGCCCCUUCUUGGCUAAUUAUGGGUGUCAUCCCAGGGCUUUCCCAGGGGAGAGGGGAGAGAUGGAGCGUCCCGGCAGCCGAACAUUUUGUGGAAGAAAUGGAAGCAAUCCAUCGUCAGCUCCAACUCAACUUAGAAAGGGCGAAGGAAGAAUACAAGAGGCAGGCAGACAAGAACCGAAGGGAAGGUGAAACCAUAAGGGUGGGAGAUAGGGUGUGGCUGUCAACCCAAGGGUUGCCGUUCAAAGGAGGUUGUAAGAAAUUAAGACCCAGGAGGUUGGGUCCCUUUGAGGUCAUUCAACAGGUCAACCCAGUGGCUUUCAGGCUCCGGUUACCCAACCACAUGAAACUGCACCCAGUAUUUCACAGGUCGUUACUGUCACCGUACGAAGGGGGACGAGAAGGGCUGGCCACUCGGGGACCGGUCGUAGAAGAAAGAGAAUGCAGCAGCCAUGUGGCUGAAAUCCUCGACGCCAGGUGGAAGGGGGAUCAGGUGGAGUAUUUGGUAGCGUGGGAAGGAGAACCGGAGUCAGAAAACACUUGGGUAAUGGCUGAAGAUAUCAAUGACGAGGUAUUGAUAGAAACGUUCCAUCAAAGGUUCCCAAGGAAACCUCAGCCUGUGGAGAGGUUCCGGAGGGAAUACUUUGGGACCACUGAUGAAGGGGAGGAGUUGGAAGGGUUCCCGGACUCGGAAGGGGAAGGGGAGAUAGACUCUGAGGAGGAGGUGUACUUCGAGACCAGGAACCGCAACAGGUUGAGAGAAGUGUUCGAGACAUCGGAAGAUGAAGGAAGUUCAUUCCGGGUUUUGCCUCCUCACCGCCCGUAGAGGAGGGGGCGAGAGGCGCUGAAGGGGGCCCUGGAGGGGAGGUGGAUGUCAGGGAACUGCCAUCGGACGGAAGGGAGGUGAAAGGGCUCACACAGGUUGGGAGAGACGCAGCAGCUGAAGAGGGAACCAACAGGGAGGUGAAAGGGCUCACACAGGUUGGGAGAGACGCAGCAGCUGAAGAAGGAACCAGCAGGGGAAGAGGAGCUGAGCUGGAGGGAUGGCUCAGAGACACUUCCAGCGAAAACAGUGGGGAGGUUUCAGAACCUCCUGUAAGAACACCCACUCCUCGCCGGAAACUGUCACGCAGAGAUUCCAGAAGACGUGUUUCCGUUAAGGAGCUUUUAUGUUGGAAGCGAUUACGAAAGCAACCACUGUCGGAAUCUACUAGUGACUAGAGCAGCCAUGUCUGAGGGGCUCCGUCACAGACAGAGGUUUGUGGACUUGAACAAACUCUGAGGGGAUACUAUUUUACGCACAAGCAGCUCAUCAUCCCAUCACACAUACGCUUCAGGUUACAGACUCUGCUAACCCUGAAAUAGUGCUUCAGGUUAAGAACUUUGCUUCAGGAUGAGAACAGAAAUCGUGCCGGUGGCGCGGCAGCAGCAGGAGGCCCCAUUAGCUAAAGUGGUGCUUCAGGUUAAGAACAGCUUCAGGUUAAGAACGGACCUCCGGAACAAAUUAAGUACUUAACCCUGAGGUACCUCUGUGUCUCAUUCUGGCACAGCUGUAUAUAAAGGUUCUCAGUACUCCCAAGAUUGGACAAAACAAGCCAAAUUCUCUGGGAAAUUACAGCCCCUUUUAUCUCCACACAUUAGCACAAGGCAGGUUGAAAGCCAGCUGCAAUCCUUCUCUGUGGAGUUCCCUUACAUAAGGAUUUUUCUGGUGCCAUAAGGGCCAGUCGUGCUUGUUGUACACCAUCUCCUUCAGCAGCCUUUUGCGCAUGAAGCAUUGCCAAAGGGAAAGGGAACAUGGCUGACAUGCGCUUGCUUUCCUGAAGUAUCUGAUGGAUGGCAAUAAUCCAUCAGAGCUCAGUGUAGCUUGCUGAAGUCCUGAGGCAAAUAAGAUGUUCCUUUGGCUGCACUGGCAGUCAGGCAGUAACAGACAUGGCAUGUGGCCAGCUUUUCAGCUUCUUCCACUUAGAAUUUCUGUGUGUCUUGGAUGGCAGAUCCUGAGGGCUUAUGAAGAAACAAAAUGGUGUAAAGUUAUGACUUUUCAAAGCUAAUGCCCAUCGAUGUGGCUGAACGAGUCACAUUGCUGCUUCCAAAUGUAAUCUUCCGAAAGCAAUUUCUUUGGAAACUCCUAGUACUCAGGGAAAAUCAUGAGAUAAAACUGUUUUAGAUCGUGGCACAAAUGCAAAGCAACAAAAAUAUUCCUUAUAGAAGGAGCUCUGCAAGGCAGCCUUCCACAACUUGGUUCCCUCCAUAUAUUGUUAGACUACAAUUCCCAUCACAGUGGCUGGGGCUGAUGAUUGCUGGAGCCCAACAGCAUUUGGCGAUCACUAAGUCGGGGAAGGCUGCUGCGUCAGGUAAUCAUAUUUCAGUCUUCAGAGCAGAUAAAGUCUGUUUUAAUAAUGGUGGGAUCAAUAUGUUCAAAUAUGAAGCGAUUUGUUGGGGCAAGCUUUGGCCAUUAAUAAUUGUGCUGUUCCUUGAAGGCAGCCUUUAACAAAAUUACAGCUGGAUGUGCUUCCUGUAAAAUUAAAUUUUCUUGUAAUCUCUCUCUUUCCUCUCUGUUUUCAGGCAAGUUCAAAUCUCCCCUGUUGUUGAAAACUUUCUUUCCUUCCAAGUACCAUCCCUUCCCCACCUCCCACCCCCCAAACUCCUGAGGCAUGCCAUCUGUACCAGCUGCCUUCCUUUGAUAGCUCCAGCGUGGUUUUGCAUAAGCAUUUCUUAUCAGCUGCCUGCCUGUAUCUUGUGAACAGAGUGGACCUACCUAAGAAAGCCAAACAAGAGAAACUACAAAGAACCUUGCCAGUUAUAAGUAGCAUAUAAUGAUCCAUACUUGGCUUUUCCUGAUGCAGUAUAAGUACUCCUGUUGCCUUCAACUCACUUACCUUAUGGAGGGGAGGUGUAUUUCAUGGUUUAAGGCACUGCUCCUGUCCCCAACCUCCACACAUCCACACACCUGAUAUUGUAUGUCAUGGACAUCUGAAGAACCGCUACAUGAUUGAGGUGGUUGCGGUAUGGCUGGUUCCUAAUCAUGUGAAACUCCUGCUGCUCAUGCACAGGGACAUCUGCACUUGCAGUGUGGACAUGGGAAGCCAAGGCUAGAUUGAUCACAUGACACUGGGUGUGGAGCCAGCAGCAUGGCCAUGUGGCAUUGAGGGCAGGGCCAAUGGCUUUGUGUGAGUUCCCUAUGUGCAAAAAACCCACAUGAACAGGGCUCAAGUAAACAGAAUAAAGGAAGAGGACUGGGAAUAGUUUUUUAAAAUCUGGCCAUUCCCUGUUUAGAUCAAACAACGUUAUAAGUCCCUUUAGAGCAUUUGUCUUGUUGUUCUUUCCCACUUCAUUUAGGAUAGAAACUACACCUUCCGUUAUUAAAAAUGGGUAAGCUUAAUCAGCCAUCAGCUUUGUGGAGAAGGAAAGGAGAAGCUAGCCACACUUUGAUGCAGAUGAAUAUGCUAUUUACAGAAAUGUACAUAAAACCAAGACUCUGAUAAUGCAAGCAUUACUAAUACUGCUAUCCCAUUGAAGCACAUGGAAUUACUCAUGUUUGGUAAAGGUUACACGUGUAGAUAAAUGUUUAAAAAUCAAAACCACACUCCAUCAGGGAGGAAGAGAAUCAAAGGAUUACUGCUUUAAAGUCUUCACAGUAACAGAAUUUUACAUUCUUUGCAGCUGCUUUCAAAAUGAAUUUCAAACAUCGUGUUAAUUCCCACACCAGAAAUAUUUCUGAUUACAAUAUCCUUGAAGAAAUAUCUGCCAAAGAAUAUGUCUAGUUCAAGAUUUGCUAAUACAACGUAUAUUAAAGCGUGUAGAGUUGGUGUGACUCAUGCAGCUCACAUUUGAUUUUAGUGUAAAAAUCCACCUUUGGGGGGAAAUAUAUCUUGAUUUUGAAGCUAACUAGAGGGUUUUUCUGUUUUUUGUUUUGCAAGGUUGUGCAGGAAUAAACUACCCUCAGCAAAUGCCCACAAAAAAGAGGAAUAUUAGCCAUUUACUCCUAACUAUUUUAAAGGUUACCAUUUAUAGAAGUUGAUCUCAAAGCCUUGCAAAUGUAACUCGUUUGUCCUGGUUUAUCAGAGGGCUCCAAAAAUAGUUAAUUGUAAUUGAAUUAAAUGUAAAAAUAAAUUAAGGAUGACAUACUUGUAUUACCCAAUAUGGCCACUUCAAACUAAGUGGAUAAUUUUUAAAACAAUCUCUGUGGUUUAGGCUGAAAGAAGCACAGCUUGUACCAGAUGCAGCAAUGGAAGUGUGCAUAGGGAUGGAUGAAUCUGUCAAUUUCAGUUUCUCUUCUCAUUUCUAUAGCUGGUUGCAAUUGCAUGAAAACACACCAGCAUUUUAGUAUGCUUUCCCCCUAGUAUACAUCUUUUUAAUGCAAUUUUGUCUAAUAUGCAGAAUUUUGCAAGCACCCUAAAUAGAAUGCAUUUCCCUUGCUGUUUUCACUGAUGUAUGCAUUUUAAUGCAUACUUUCAUCUAAUAUAUGCAUUUUUCUACAAGGUUUUUGGCUGGAGAACUCUUAUCACAUAAUUGGAGAAGCGCAUAUUUUGAAAGAUAGCUGUGUCUCAGUUUGCAUGUUUGUUUCAGGAAGUGGAAAUUAGGAAACUUUGCGUUAAAAUGUGAACAGAAUCAAAUUACACUAUAGCAGGGCUUUUCUGCUGUUUCAGGAUAAGGCUGUCAGUGACUCCUAGCCAGGAUGGCCAUGUUUUUUCUCCACUGUUUGAGGCAGUGGUUAUUUGGUCUUAUGAGGCUUCCACUAAGCCCUAUACCCCUUGGCAGGUGUAUCUUCAGUACAGGAUUGUUUCCUAAAAUGGGGUUUUCUAUUCUUUUUCUCCAGAAAACUUGGUGGUGGUGUAAAAGGGUGGGAGACAAUGGAGAACAACCCCAACUUUUUCUAAAAGGCACAUUUGCAUGCUGUCCAAUGCCUACUCUCUCUAUUGGCUGAAAAUUGUUUAAUCUGUAUCUAGAUUCUCAUAAUGUAUGGACAACAACUAGCAGUUUUAGAACAGAAUAAAAAUCAAUACCAAACAAGAGUGGUUCCCUUUUAAAUAAUGCAGUCUGGAUCAGUCCAUUCCUCCCGCACACGCACACACACACACACACAGAGAAUCUUUUUCUAAACUUACAAGAGAUUUAUAAUCAGAAGAAUACAACCUUAAAGAAUUAAGUUUACAGAGAGAUGAUUACACAUUGAAUCCAUUUCCCUUGAUAUUUGCAAGUGCUCCUAAUGCUUCUAUAUCAGUUUGAUCUGACUAAUAAUUGUCAUUAUUGACAUCCAUUAAAUGAACAGGAGCUGCAGCUCAGUGUUAGAGCACAUGCUUUGCAUGUACAAAAUCCUAGAUUCAGUCCCUUGCAUCUCCAAGUAGGUCUGGUAAGGAUUCUUUUCUGAAACCUUGGCAAGCCAGUGUCAUUGUAGACCCUUCUUCAGCCUGGUGACCUUCAAACCUACAACUCCAAUAAUCACUUGAACUCAGUUGGGAUUUUAUUAUGAAUUCAAUACAUGCUUAAAUGGCACAGAAUAAGAAAAGUUAGAAAUGAUAACAGAGUUUGUCAUAGUGAUCCCUGCUUGGAAUCAGGGGCAGAGGAAGGGGGAUGCAGUGGGGGUGGACUGCCCUGGGUGUCACCACUGGGGGGGGGGUGACAAAAUGCCAGGCAGCACUCACUGCGGGGCCUGCAGCAUGCCCAAGCCAUGUCUCUCUCCUGGGAGUGACGUGGUGGUUUCGGUGCCCGCAGGCUCUGCACUGCUCCAAACGGUCCUCCUGCCACCUCCCCCACAGCUGUAGGGCGGCAGAGUGGGAGGAGGCAGGCAGACUCCUCGGAGGCCCUGUGGAAUGUCCUGCCCCGGCUGGCCCCGCCUUGUGGGAGUCUGGCCCCGCCCCCACGGGCGGCUGGCACGCACGCCACCUCAGGCUCCCAAUCAGCUUGCUCCACCACUGCUUGGAAUGGCUAUUUCUCUCUAUAGAAUAAAAAUGCAAGAAUGUCAUUGCAUAGCUCCCACUGGCAUGUGAAGUGCCACUUUACAAUGUGGGAUUUGCAUGAAGUCAUAGAGGGGAAGGGGAGCAAAAGUGAAGGCGGGUUGUGCAACAGCAGUGGUCAUGACAUGGGUGUGAGAAGGAGAGAUGUUGAGAAGCGAAAAGUGAUGGUUUAAAACAACAACAGAAUUUUGAGCAAAAGCAGGGAGGGAGGAAACUGAGAGGAAAUGGGUGUCUUAAACAACAACAGAGCUUUGAGUAAAGUACUAUGGAAUAUUUGAGGGCACCACAUCUGUUAUCUCUCUCACACGAAGUACCAUAGCUAAGGAAUGGAGGAGGGAGAAGUCUGAGUACAGUGAGAAGGGGUAGACACUGAAAAAAAAACAACAACGGCAGAAGCAGGGGAGAUAUAGAUAGGACAAAGAGGUGAUUUUAAAGAAUGGCAGAUGUUUGAGUAGAGCAAGCAGGAAGUGACACUCGGGAAGAGAGGCAGUUUAAAACAAGGCUUGAGUGCAGUGAGAAGGAAGUUUGGAAAGGCUCUGUUGUGUUAGCUUUUUGGUGUUCUGUGUUGUACCCAUCUCUGUUAUUUUUCCUUGUUAAAACUGGUUUGUUUUUAAAGCAAACAUUCACUCUAUUCCUAGCUCUGCUUUCUUCGAAUGUCUUCUGUUGUUUAAAACUGCCACCCCCCCCCCCCCGUGUCCUUCCCUUCUUGCUGUACUUAAACUUUCCCCUCUUCUUUUCAUCAGUUGCCUCAUGUAAGAGAAAUAAAGGAUGCGGUAUCAUGCACCAUUUUCAACAUCAAGUUCCAGAUUCAAUGUAGUAAUUUUGAACAGAUUUUUUUUAUUAACAAGGAAACUCACAUACCAUAUAUGUACUAUAUAGCCAUCAACUGAACUUAACCUUCUGCAACUCAGCCAAGCUAACAGGCUUGCUCUUAAGAGUCUAUUCAUAAAUAGGAUACAGUAACAUCUAUCAUCAUGGGGUGGGCGCACAAAGGAGGCUGCAGAAUAAGAGAGAGGAAAAGGCAUGGAAAUGGGGGUGGUCUGUCUGCAAGGGAGAGUUGAAAAAGGAGGAAGGUGAUAAUGGUGUUUGUGUGCAAAGAGGACCGCAGAAUAGGAGACAGGAGACAGUAUGGAAAUGGGUGUGAUCUGUGUGCAAGGGAGAUUUGAGAAAAAUGAGGAUGGGGAAAAAAGGAAUGAAGGUGAAAAUGAGGGUGCAAAGGGGGAUUCUAUAUGGCUAGGAAUUGCCCUUUGAUUUUGAUUUCUACCCUUAAGAUUGCAUCAUCUCAGUGUCAAAAAGUAUGGGUUGCACAAAGAUGACAUAUGCUUUAUUAGCGUAGUCUGACCAGCCAUGUAGCUUUCAUUCCUCUUUCCCUUCCCUAUAAAGACAAAUUCAAAGUGAGUUUGGUUUUCCCUGCCACUUUUAAUGAUGUGCCUUUGAUGUUCUGCAAAACCACUGACUUAAACAUUUAUAUAGCCCCAAGCAGUCAUAAACUGUGUUUCCUCCUACGCUCCAUAGCGACAAAAUUGUUUAUCCACUUUAAUGUAUAAUCAUUACGGUUCUCCACUCAUGCUCAUUUCAGCUCUUAUAUCGCAUCUGCUGGCGGUACUGGAACACAAUUAUACCUUCGUCCUCUGAUGGAUACUGGUAGUGUUUGCUGAAAAACUUUGGGGAUGAUACACUUGGGACUAUUGGCAUUCAACCAUUUUGGCAAGAAUUCCACCGGUCAAAUGUGCAGAAUGAGAAAAUAGUGCCACUCUAGCGUACCCUGUAGCAUUUAUUAUAUUAUACUAUAUUAUGUUACAUUACAUUUUUGUCCAGCUUUUCAGCCAAACAUUUCCUCCAAAAUAGCUCACAUCAGUAUAGCAUUUAUGAAAGAGAAGAGAAAGUGAGUGUUCUCUGGUCCAUGUCAGAUUUGCUUGGGAUGCCUGAAUUCUCCAAACCUUUGCUCACCCCCCUGCAAAGGACCAAUAUAUUCCAAGAGCUCCUCCCCAGAAGGUGGUCUUUUGCCUAUCACCACCAGUUUUCCCCAGGGCAAAUCCUCUCCUCAGGAGGGCUCACCAGACAUCAACCUUGACAUCAUUCUGGCUCCAGAUAAAUACCUUUCAUCUCCCUUGAGCUUUUAAAUCCUCUGCAAAUUGCUUUUGUGCAGCUUUGCAAUUUAUUUUAUUUUAUUUUAUUAUUUUAUUUUAUUUUAGACUGUUUUUUGUAUAUCUUGUGGUGUUCAAAUGUUGUUGUCUGCAUUUCAUUUACUGUUAAUUUAACUUUUGCUAAACUACCCUGAAAGCCUGUAGGAAGGGAAAGGUAGAAAUCCCUUAAAGAAAAGCAAUAAGUACUAAAACUGGGGACACUAAGAUUCUCCCUGUUAUUCUUUCCUUAUACAUUGGCAUGGGAAUGUGUGGCAUGAAGUCAUCACUCUUAGCUUUUCCCUCAGUAGACCACAAUGGCAUCAUCUUUAGAACCUUGGAAGAUCAUAGUACUGACAGGAUUAAAUGGGAAGCCUACAUGAGUAAGAACUCAGCUGUUAGAGCAUGAGGCUCUUAAUCUCAGGGUUGUGGGUUCAAGCCCCAUGAUGGGCAAAAGAUUCUAGCAUUGCAGGCAGUUGAACUAGAUGACCCUUGUGGUCCCUUCUGCCUCUGCAAUUCUAUGAUUGCACAUCAGGCUAGUCACUGCAGAAGCUCCCCUUCCCAUCCUGUAGAGGGCAAUGAAACGGGCAACAUGGACAUGAUGGACAGGGCAGGGCCAACAGGUUCAUCAGAGCUCUCCCCCUCACACAACAGUAAUCCGGGGGUGGGAGAGAUUACUUAAGAGGGUUGGACUGACUCCUACUUCAUUGUCUUUGGAAGGUAUCAUUUUAUUGAUUUAUAAAAUAUAUAUACUGCCCUUCAUCCAAAGAUCUCAAGGCAGUUCACAAGAUAAAAGCACAAAAUGAAUAGUUAAAAACAAAACAAAACAAAUACAUUUAAAAGGCCAUAGAUUAUUUAUCAGCCAAAGGCCUGGUUGAAGAGGAACAGUUUUGCCUGGGACCUAAAGAUGUAUAAUGAAGUCACCAGACGAACCUCCCUGGGAAGAGCAUUCUAUAAAUAGGGAGCCACUGCAGAAAAGGCCUGUUCUCGUGCUGCCACCCUCUGGACCUCUCAUAGAAGAGGUACACAAAGGGGGCCCUCAGAAGAUAGUCACAAAGUCUGGGUUUGGUUCAUAUGGGGAGAGGCGGUCCUUCAGUUAUUGCGGUCCUGAGCUGUAGGUAAUUCUGUGACUAGCCAACAAAGUUCAUAUUUGUAUUAAAAAUACCUCUCCACAACAUUCUCUUACCCAUUAAUCACAAUCGGUCUUUGAGUACACAAAAGGCUCAAAGGCAAUUUAUGAUAAUACUCAUGAUCAAUGGCUUCAUAAAUAUAGACUCAAGUGAGAGGCAAGUAAUCGCCGAACUGGAAGUUUUGCCAAAAACUUCUGCCAGGGUGCUAGUAGCAUUAACUAUAUUCUUACUCUGCCUUGCCUCCAAGGAGCUCAACUCUUCCCUUUUUAUUCUCACAAUAAUGUGUGAGGAAGAUUAGGCCGCAAAAGCAUGAGUGGUCCAAGGUCAGCUAGUGAGCUUCAUAUCUGAAUGAGAAUUUAAACUCAGGUCUUCCUGGUCUAAGUCCUGCACACUAACCACUAAAGCAUGCUGGCUCUGAAAUAGAACCCUCCUGCUGCACCAGUGAUAUAGCAUUUUAGACCCUGAAAUGCAGUUGACAUCUAAGUUUAAGCAAAAGAACUAAUAACUGAUGAGCUUGAAAGUCAAAUAAUGCGAAAUUUGCUGAACAAAUUCUUCUUCUUCUGAAUAGCUCCAUGUAGCUUUGAUUGACAACUUGUGAUUUCUUUGCUGUUUGUAAAUUCAAUCCUUGUGUUUCUUCCCAGAGCAAUGAAUGUCAUGUAAUGUCUCAGCAGACUUGUAUUUCUCGCAAAUAUGAAAUAAGUGCUCUGUGCAUUUUUGCAACUACUGUACUUGCAUGCACUUUUCAGGAUGCAAUUGCAUUUUGACUUUGGGGGGCUUAAAUAGCUGCAAUGCAGGAUUUACAGUUCAGUUGUGCAUUGACUUCAUUUACAGUCUUCUGCUGGAAUCACUGAAUUACCUUUGCCUUUUGCAUAGUCAAUGAUAGAUAAAAGAUUUUAGAGGUCUGAAGAAAGUGGAAGGUGAAACCUGAUGAGUAGAAUGAUUAAGAAUUAAAUGUAUCCCUGUGGUGGUGAAGAACACUGUGUGAACGCUUGGCAGGGAGCCAACUUGAAUAAAAUAUUGUGGGGGCCCUGGUAAGCCCCACCCUGCAUAAUUGAACACAUGACGUGAUGCAUGUGCACCAUUUGAAUGGCAAUACCCAUCAACUUUGCGGGGGUCCAGCCGCCUCAAAUAUUUUAUUGUGGGGGACGAAGCCCCCACAGCUCCUAGGAGUUGGCUCCUAUGAUGCUUGAUUCUGGCCCCAUCCCACUGAAGCACACCCUGUUGACCAUUUUUAAUAUGGGUAAUGUGCCCCUCAGUCCCAAAAUGUUCCCCGCAUCUGGACCACAUGUAAUCGCCCCUUUAUUUUCCUCUUUUACACAGAGACAAGGUGCUGGAGCAACAAAUGGAAAAGACAAGACAUCUGGUGAGAAUGGUAAGACCUGAUUGGAUGAUAUAUAUCAUUGUGGUAGACUCUUGCCUUUGGGAUAAAAUGAACAGCUAGUUAGUUGUGAUGUCCAGGUGGAUAAGGAUCCAUGCCUCAUGCCCUUCACCAGCAUUUUUAUGUGGAAAGUUGCAUCGGGUGCCAGGAGGACCAGGUUUCUCUAAAGGCCUUUAGGGUGAACAAACGUGACCUGCAACGAAACAUUUCACUGUAGAGAGCUCUUGUUCGGGGUUCCAACCAGCAUUUUCCAGGGUGUUUCAUUGCAUUUCCUUCACCCCACCCAACUUUCCAUCUCACUCUUGCCCUAUAACAGUUGGUUCUCAUGCCAUGAAUAUGCUUCAUCCUUAUUGAGCUGUUAUGGGGAAUGCCUUCCUCUCAUAAGAGUUUUUUUUUUUGCUAAAUUGUUUUUUGAACUUUGGACCCCACCCCACCCUGCACAGCUGCCCUCUUGUGUAUGGAUGGUGCUAUUUUGGUUAUAUAAGGCUCUACAAUCAGAGAAAGAAUUCACUGUCAGUAUAAUGGGUUUGGUGAGGGGGAUACAUGGUGUGCAUUUCCUCAGAAGUUCUGCGUGACAACCCUGAAGACUUUUGCUGACCCAGGGCAGUAGGGCUGGCAAGGUUGGAGCAAUGGGUUUCAUGCAUCUCAGAUGCCGUACAUGGCUGUUGUUACACAUCACAGUAGCUACAGCAGACCUGAAGCUUUUGAGUGUGCUUUUUAAAAUACAAAACAUCAAACUGAGUUGCUCGACAUUUUCUGACUGACUCAGUACAAGAUGCACAAGAGUUAUCUCCUGGUUUUACUUCCAUAAUAAGGCUGGAUGACUUUCUUCGCAAUGCUGUUUAUAUAACACGAUCAUGAAACAUGAUGUUCUUAAUAAAAUGAAACGAUGCAGUUAACCCAAAAUGAAAGAAGACAGAGCAAUGCAGGUUUUGUGAAGCUUCUUACAAAAGAAAAAAGAAAAAAAGCUCAUUGAAAGCAGCAGAUUUUGCACCUGCGGGAAGACUUUACAUCCCCAGGCUAGCUAAGAUAUUUUGAUCAGUUUCAUUACCAUCUUUGGCAAGCCUGGCCAAACAUGUUUUUCAGGGUUCCUCCUUUCCUAGAAAAUAACGACACUUACCAAAGAAGUAGAGCACGUCUCCCGCAUACCCAUCUUCUUCUCACUCCCACAAUGAUGUCACAAACAUUACAUUUUCCAUAGCUCAGCACUCGCUGCCACUCACAUCCCUUCCCACCAGCCUACAUGCCUCUUCCAUAAUUUAUAAGCUGUUGCCAUACAAACAGUCUAGCAUAUUUUGCAAGUGGGAAAUUGCAGCUGUGCCAAUGCAUACCAGCUUCCAAAUACUCUUAUCCUCUGCAAGUCUUCCCUCCCCAGCAAACAAAAUUACAGUUCUGAGUUGUUGGUAGGGAUGAACUGGUUUGGUUUCCCUCACUUUCUGAUUCCCCCCCCCCCAUUGAAAAUUCAGUUCAGGGCAUUUCUGGAGCAGUUUGGGGAAUUUUCUUUUUUUUUUUUUAAGUCCUUAUGAAAAUUCAUCAGCAUUUUAGUGUGCAUUUUUCCAAAUAUAUACACAUCUCUCUAUGCUGUUUUGCUGGAUAUGCACAUUUUCAUUGGAGAGUGGCAGCACAAAAUUUGGUGACAUGCAAAUUUGGAAGGAUAGCUAUGUAAAGUUACGGGGGAUGCAAAUUUAUAUACUGAUUUAGUUAAAUAAAUAUAAUCUGCACUUCUAUAAAGUAUAUCAAGGUAGUUUACAACAUACAAAAUCAAAUCAAAACAGUAUAUAAAUACCCACAAAAUGCAAUUAAAAGCAUCAAUAGGUCAGUUGAAAAGAAAGUGAUAUUGUGGUGCCUCAAAAUGUAUAUUCUCUUUAAAAUGCAAACCAAACUGAAUCUCUUUCCCUGUAAAGUACUGAUGUGUUGUUUCCUCUGAGCAUCAAAGCCCCCUUUGGAUAACCGUGACUAUGAGGAUAUAACAGUAAGAAGGAUGCAUGGUGGAUCAUCAUUUCCCCUGCUUUCAAAGCAGUAGGCUAAGAAGAAAAUAAGAUAGAAGUGCAUCAGUUGCCUAGGAAAAGCAAAUUUGUCUGGCGUUCCUAAGGUAGUAAUGGAAGUCUUUUGAAAGAAACAUGGCACAUUUUAUUUCCAUCUUCUGCUAUCUCAAGGCCAAGUACUUGGUCCAAUGUACCAUAAAAACUUUGAAAAAUCUCCACUUAUGGGUGCAUAGGGAUGGGACCGUCUUCAUUCCCACUUCAUCUGCACCGUAACACCUCAUAGGAAAUAAGGAAAGUGCCCCUGAAAUGUGUUCCCACAUUCUCAUGCCCAGAGAAGUACACGGACCUCACACAUUGACACUGCACACACUUAAUUUACACUGAUCUCAGUCGGUCAGGUGGGACAUCAAUGCCCACUACUGUGUACAACCAAAGGGUGCAAAUGUCCCAGAAGGCCUGUAAAUGCCCUGGGACUAAUUUGUAUUUACUGUGGGAACGAGUUCAUAUAUGUUUAUCUGAUUGCUCUGAAGCCUUCAUUUUCAUUCAGUUAGUUGGGAGGGGAGGCUGCUCACACUGGCAGCUUGUCAGCUUAUCUGACAGAUGGAUGAGAGUGGGGAAUGAGCCUCUAAGCCAGGGGUGGUUAAUUGGGCUGUUGUCGCCAGCUUGAUGUCAAGGAUUGGCUGGACAAUGAGGAGUGGUGGGAAGCACCAGCCAGGGAACCCCCAAGGGAGAUCGCAGAGGAGGAAGGCUCAUAACCUGGGGGGGGGGGGGGACACUAAGGAGGAAGCUUGGGAAGAGAUGCUGGAUACUGAAGGGGCAACAGGGUUUAGUGAACAGGAAGAGCCCUAUACACUGUCAAGCACCCAAGAAGAGUGCUUCAUUUUAGGGAAGGAGCAAGGUUGUAUAAAUUGACAAACUGCCCCUCGACUUCCCCACCCAAUUUUAGCCAAAUCAUGCCCACCAAAAGUGGGUAAGGUAACUGGCCUGUCAAGAAUUCUUUCUGAAUUGUGAGCACUGCCCAUGGAGCAUCAUCAUCAUACGUAGGCAACUCCAUUUGUUUUAGUGGAAGGGCAGGUCCACACAACAGUUCCUUUUGCGUACACAGUGAAUGGCUUCUUCAGUUGAAGGGAGAAGGGAAGCCCUGAUGAGUAGCGAAGUGAAGCGCUUUGGAGCCCUCACACACAAAAGGGACUAGUAGAUUGUGGCAGUCUGGGUAUCAAACUACAGAGAAAGGAGAACUUGCUCCUCACCAUGUUUGGCUUUAUAUUAAACAAGUGGAAUCUGCAACAAAAUACUGCAGUAUAUACUCAGGAACCCUUCUCCUGGUCAGGUUUCCAACUCAGCCAGCCAGCCAUACCCUCCUCCAGAUUAUUAUAAAGGCACAAGCAGGGCAAGCCACUCCCUGUUUUCUUUUUUUAAUUGAUAUGCAAUAUUUAAUGAUUACUGAGCAUGCUGAGUCCUCAUUGGGCUGUUUUAUUUUGGAGAGAAGGUAGGCCCUCCUAAGUUCUGUCCCCUCUCCAAAAAAGAAGAAGGGAAAAAAGUUUGCUCUUCUGCAAAAGCUGGAGUUUCCCAGUUAUGCUGACCCCCCACCCUCUGUUUCUUCAAUAGUCCAUUUUUGGGUCCUUUUCUGUUGACACUUAGCACCUGGGUUCACUAUUUGACAGCAUUGUCAUCCUAUUUCAUCAUAUAGUAUUUUGUUUCGUUUCUCACUUGAGGACCUUUUUGCUGUGGAAUGAAAGUCUGGCGCGGACGCCUGUUUUGUGUGUCCUUUUUUUUUUUUUUUUUUUUUAGUACCUGUAAUCCUGUAAUUAAUGUUUUCUGCAAUUCUCAGAACUGACUGUAUAGUGAUAGACCAUGAAAUAUUCAUUAGAACUUUCCAACUGACAGCGAUCACAGGUGGGAUAUAUGUUCCACUGCGGACAACUUUCCAUGCUAAUGCAACUUUGUCUACUUUGUGCAGAAGAAAAGAGAGACAAACUGCUGUGUUAGUAAGAUUGCAUGCCAACAAAAUACUGAGAAGAAAUCACAGUCCAAUAUCUACCAAAGUUACUCACAAUUUAUUAGUAUGCAUACAAAAGAAAAAACUGGAAAAAGACCAGUUGCUAACAAAGUCCUGCACCCGUUAGAAUUCUCUGAGUCCAACUUCCCUUAGGCGAGCCCUUCCCUUAGGCUUCCACGUUUUCACAGAAUCAUUCCAACAACCUCCACAUCUCUAACAGAUUCCCUUGUGCUCCCCAUCAAUGAAUACUGUAAUUUGGGCCCUUAUCUACCCAGCACUACAUGCUAGUUUGCCCAGCAACACAGAUAAGAUGGUCAAAAGAUGCCUGCAGCUGCACUGUUGGGAAAAUCCCCAUUUCUACUGACUCUGAGGUCUACCUCCGAGGGUCUUUUGGUGGUUCACUCACUGCAAGAAGUGAAGUUACAGGGAAACAGACAGAAGGCCUUAUUGGCAGUAACACCUUCCCUGUGGAACGCCAUCCUAUCAGAUAAAGAACUAUACAACUUUUAGAAGACAUCUGAAGGCAGCCCUGUAUCAGGAAGUUUUUAACGUUUGACAGUUUAUUAUGUUUUUACAUUCUGCUGGAAGCUUCCUAGAGUGGCUGGGGAAAUAAUAAAACAACAACAAGAUAAUAAAUAGGCACACAGGUCACCUGGUUAUAGCCUUCCUUGCUCUGGUGAUGUAUUUUAUGUCUAUUUACAUUACAGUAAUCAGGUUGCACUCAAUGGUACACCUACUCAGAGAAGGCCCACUGAAGUUAAUAGACAUGACUCAUUUUGGUUCAUUAAUUUCAGUGAGUUUACUGAGUAUAACGUAGUUGGAUUCAACCCAUCAUUUCUAAAUUUGUAUUUAUAUAUGAGAAUUGGCAUAUAAGCAUUUUAUGGAAAGUGGUGUCCUCAUUUGUCCUUUUUUUGUCACACAUUUCCUCAUUUGGGGGCAAUUUAUAAAGAGACAUCCUAUGCACUAAUGGGCUGGCUUGGUAUAAGGCAGCUCCCAGUGUUCCUAAAAUAGAAUUAGGAUGAACUGAUGUUUUUUCCCUUGGAUUUUUCUUCUGUGAUCUGUACCAAAGCUUACUUUACUCAUCUGGCUGACCUGCAGCUGAAUAUUUCAUCAAAUAGCUGUAUAUUUUCACUCCCAUGGGCUUCCUUUACCAGCACCUCAUUAAAAAGAAGUCUGCAAAGACAUCUGCGUGGCAAUGGUUGCACAGCCUGCCAUGAUUUCUUGGUGAGCUUUGCAGGGAGGUUUUGUUUCAUGUAUCAUUUAAGAUGUUCUACAUUGAUUCCAUCAAAGCCCAUCUCCUGCUCUAAACAAAGAAUAUGACACUAAGCACCUGUUACUUGACAUAGCCUAAAACUGGUACUUUUCAAGAUGAGUUGCCUGUAAUGGAAGGAUCCUUAAUAAUUUUAAUCAAAUGCAAGGAAUCUGCAUAGAAAACCAGGGCCAAUUAAAUAUUAUUUUAUUUCUAACUGACUGAAGAAACAUUAUUUAUCUGUAUACACAACUGCACCCACCCACUUUAUUGUCUGUAUGAGAUUUGUGUUGCGUUUCAAAGUACUUCUAUGUGCACAAGCCAGGUUGGCAAGAGGAAGGCGAGACUGUAGCUCAGUGGCAAUGUGUUGCAGGCAGAAGGUCUCAGGUUCAACCUCUGGUAGAGCUGGGAAAUGCUCCUGCCUGAAAGCCCCAAAGAGCUGCUGCCAAUCCAAGUAGACAAUAUGGAGCUAGAUGGACCAGUGUUCUUUCUCAGUAUAAGGCCAUUUUGCUAUGUUCCAUGUAUAAAGUUUCACUUCUGAGUUAUGUCCCCAGGGUCGAGGUCUGACCCACAAGUGGAUAAGAUAUGAGGAGACUCAACAGAACAAAUGGUUAAUUGAUGGAUGGAUUUAUUUAUUUUUAAAUGCCAAGAGGGAAAAAAGGGAAGACUCAUAAGAAUUAGUGGUGGGUAGAGGAAGACAGCUGUCAGUUUCCUCAUUUUGCCCAUCUUCUCAUGUCCCAUACCCCUCCUCCAAUUCCAUUCACAAACUGUGUCUAUGGAAGUGACUUGUACUGUUGUUGAUAUCACCAGGUCCCAGAAGUUUCUCAGGCAUGUUGGUGGCAGGUUGUCCUUUGCUUAGAGGUUAGAGGGAUCAGGAUAGCAUUUCCAAGCCUAUCAAUGACUACACAACAGUAGCCUUUUGCGUUUCAGAGAUGUGACCUACCUUUAGCCCAAUCAUAUAUUUGGGAACCCACUUCUUAGGUUUUCUCCUGUAUAUUUAAAUGGCUUCUGCUGCUGCUCUUGCAACCCACAUUUGGUGAGGUUGCAAUUUCAAAGACCAACAAUUAUUUCCCAAGUACUGAAGCCUGACUAGUGAGAACUAGAUCUCUUGAUUAUUGUGGGGUCAGGGAAGGAAUCUUUAUAGUGUGCAUGGCACUCUACUUCAGAUAGGCUGGCUUAUUGGUGUUUUUAGGCCUGUUACCGCUUGAUUUUAUUGGCUUAUGUCUGUAGUGAUGUGUUUUGUAUUGUAAUUGCAUUUUGAUUGUGCAUACAUGCAUAUUUCUUGUGUGCCACCCCUAAGAACUUUGGUAGUGGAGCAGCACAGAAAUACUGUAACAAAUAAAUAAACAAACAGCCCAAACUCAUGUUGGGAAUGGUUUAAAGGCUGCCUCUGUUAGUUGGCCAUCCCCAAGCAUCUGUAACUGAUUGCUAAUGGACACAACAUGCAGGAUGUGACAGGCCAUUGCUUUAGUCUCUGAAAGCCAAUAAUGUGUUCUUAUAAUGCACCACUAGGUUAUCCAGCCCUUUAUGCAACUCUAAUCAGCCCCAUAAACCCCAAAUAGUCAACUUCCAAUGAUGGCGAAAUUAGAGGGGAAAGAAACAGGCACACACUGCUCAUCCUCAUCACUUUAAAAAUAGCAACACCAUUUUUAUUAUAACUACAUCGCCCAUUUCCUUUAAUUUACAGUAUGUUUUUCCUCCCCAAGAUGAUUUGGUUUGAGCAAUGCUAAAAGCCUUUGAAACUGAUGUCAUUUUACCUGCUGAUAAUAUGAUAAGAUGUUAAUCAUCAUAAUCUUUGGAAGUCUUUUUGUGUGUGUUUCUAAUGUGUGCAGCUAGCAUAAUACAUUUAGCUUGAUGCUCCAAAAUUGCUAUGUAAUUUGCCAUAAUUGGAAGACUGCUUGAAAGAGUGGCAGAAUUUAGAAUAGUGGGAGAGUCAUAAAUUUGGGCUAAAGAUGUGUCUAUUGUUACUUGCAUUGUCUGGAAGAGAGAUCCUGAAAAGGGCCCUAUUGGAACAAUCCACUUUGAUAUCAGUGGAGAGAAGACAUUUAGUCUGGCCUCCAGUGGAGUCCAGUUCUUUUCUCUUGUCCUAGAUACAAGUAAGAAGGCAGCCUUUCAUAUUGUUUGUUUAUUUGCCACCUUCACAUUUCCGUUUUCCUUCAGCCUGCUCACAGCAGCAUUCAAGGCACUUCUUAAAUGCUUUUCAGUCAUCUUCCCUCCCACAAUUACAAUGGUGUGCACAGGGGAGUGGGACCCUGCCCCCUCUCUCACAUCCCUGUCUCCACCUUCCAGCUGUUGGAGAUGGUAGCACCAAAGCAAAGAGCCUGCCGUACGCUUGUGGGUUCCUCAUGUUGUUAAAAACCCUCCAUGGUCAGGGUUCUAAAUCACUGGAGCCCACAUGCAUAGAAGGCAGUGAUGGGGGUAUGAUAGAAGGGUGGGGACAGCAAUUUUAGCCCUUCCCCAAAAUACAAUUGUAGUUGCAUGAGUGAGACUGCCUGAGUGAGGCGACACAGAACUGUGGCCAGUCAUGAACCCCUUGUACAUCGAGCGUAUCUAUAUUUGGUCCUUUGGUAGAGGAUGUUGGGACCAGAAUACAAGGCAAUAGCUCACAUUCCCUAAAGUUAAUAUUUGAAUUAGACCUGCAUAAGCAGGAGAUCUUACAUGUCUAUGGUAUGGUGGUGGAAUUCAUCCUUUGAUUGCUUGUGUCUGAAACAAAAGUUCUUAUGAAUUUGAAAUUUGGGGAAACUUUGGCAAUUUGAAUCCAUAAUGUUGCAUUUUUCAAUAAUGUUAAUUUUAACUUUGAAAUUCCUCAAGUAUCAUCAAGGGAUACUUUUUAAAACCCAAUGACAGAAUUCAGAGGUAGCCACUGUGAUUGCCUUCAGAUGUUGUUGGAUUCCUGUUAGCUCCACCUAGCAUGGCCAGUGGUUGGGGGUGAUGGGAGUUGUUGUCCAGAACAUUUGGAGAGCACCAGGAUGGGGAAGACAACCUUAUAUAAGAAUGCUGUUCUGCACUUGACAGUAAAACCUUGAUGGAGUGUGGUAAUGGAUGGAUUCUGAUUCAGCAGGUGUAGAUAAAAUAGCAGAAAUUUAUGAGUGAUAUUGCAGAUGUCAAAGAAAUAGAUCCAUUCAUCCAUUGCUCUGUGGGAUUAUAGGAACAGCACUGCCUAGUUGAGAGAACAUUACAUUACUGCUUUUGUUCCAUGGAAUGUUUCCAUCAAAUAUUAACAUUUUGCUGCAAGAGCAGAAUUAAUGCAAUGAUACUUCAGUACUGACAAACUCCUUUUCUAGUGUUUUUGUUAUCCUAAGCAAUCCUGUCUCACAAUCAUGAGAUGAUUUACAAUUGGCCAGCUUUGCCGAAAGCAGAACUUCACUUUAAGUGGUUCUAUGCAGACAAAGAGAAGAAGCUUUGUUUCUUAAAGUAUGAGUGACAAGACCUGAUUUCUCUACCACCCCUUUUGGAAAAUAUAGUUAAUGGUUACAUUUUUAAAUGUUGAACAGGGUAGUAGUCAACCUGUGAUUGGCUCCACCUCCUUGCUGAAUGUUUGCUGGCACCCAGAUUUGCCUUUUUUGCAUAAUGUGUGAAAUGUCCUUUCGAAUUCAGUGUAUUUAUUUAUUUAUGACCAGACACAGUUAAGUUUGCUACCAAGUAGAUUGCAAAGUGCUGAGGCUCUCCACCCUAUCACACUCCAAGGGAACUACAUUGUGCCACAGUGAUGGGAAACCUGUGGCCUUCCAGAUGUUGUUGGACUUCCAUCACCCCCUGUCACUAUGGCUAAUGGCCAGGAAUCAUGGGGAGCUGUAGAACAGUAGCUACAUCUGGAGGGCCAUAGGUUCUCCAUCCCUAUUAUACCAGAUCAGACUGUUUAUGACAGGUGGCAACCAGCUCUCUAGCACAGGUCUUUCAGGUUACCUGAUCCUUUAAAAUAAAAACCCUGGAGAUGCUCUACCACUGAGCUGUGUCCCAACUGGGUAUCCUGAAGAGGCAAGCAAAUCCUCCAGCCCAAUCUGGGCCUUUGGUUCUGCUGUGUUCACCCCAAAGCCUGCCUAGAGGAUGCAUAACAUAAAAUUCUAAGCUGAAAUCAUGACACAGCUUGGUUACACCUCUAAUGUGCUUCAGCUGUGUGAUCUUCAUGCCACAGAGGUAUUUCAGCUUGAAUUAAGUCACCCCUUUUCUAACGAAUUUUCAUUAUAGAACAGGUUUUCCUUGUCCUUCCACCUUGGAUUUCCUCUCUUUUCAGUGGGGCUCUUCCUGUUCCACUCUGUUCCACUCUGGCAAAAUGUCACCAUUUCCCCUUUGAAAAACAUUGGCCCACCAGUGCCCUGUGAUGUCUCAGCCUCCCAAAGGUAUUAUAUAUCUUCCCCCUGCCCCAGUUUCUUUCUUUGCAAACCUGCUGACAGGGCCCAGGUUUCCUACUUUUCCUUCUCCCAUCAAACCAAAUUUCCCAGCUGCUGCCUGUGAAUGAAUUCAAAUUCACCAGAGGACAGCUCAGACUAAUAAAGGGAUUUUCAAGAGCACUAAUGGCAUUCUGAUGCCCAGGGGCAUUUCUACAUGGGGAAGCAAAUCACAUCAACUAGAGCGGUGAGUUUAAUAUAGACUGAUGAAUGCAAAUGAAUACACUUUGUGAAUGCUCCCUUUAACAUGUAUUAGCGGGACUUUUCAGAGUUAAGCCACUUUGUGCCUCAUGCAUUUAAAUUCUACUAAGCAAACUCUUGUUGGAUGGCAAGAGGAAGGGAGGGUGAAAAUGUGCUAGCUGAACCCCAGUCAUAUACAUGCACACUAUGUUAUCUAAUGUUGGGAUUCCCAAACUGUGGGCCAUAAUAUGCUAGUGGACCACAAAGGACGGACAUGUGCAACAUUAAGCCGCCAUGUUGAAAUGCAUCUCUGUUUCUCACAGUGAGGUGAUCCUAUAGACCGUUGCUCCCCUCCUCUUUAUCAACAUAUGGGGUGUGGAUCAGAUGGUCUAAUGGCUUAUGUACCCCUCUCACCAUAUGGGUUAUUCAGCUAUCUGGACUAUAUCUAACAAAGACAAAUCUGAGGACCCACUGAUUUUCCAGUAGACAUUGGAUAAUGUUCUGCUAUUCAUGCUGUUGGGAAGGGAUGGGGAGAAAUUGCAAGCAACACCAUUCCCCCUGCUUGUUGCUUUCUUAAAAACCAAAUUUCUAUACCAACAUCCUGUAAAUGUUUUACACUGAAGAUCAGUAUAUCAUACAAUAAAUAAUAAAUAUGAUUCUCCCUUGUCUAACCAGGAUUGUGAGAAUCACAUGAGGUAGUUGUAUCACAUUUUUCUAUUUCUUGUUAACAUCACUGGGCUGUAGAGAAGCUAUGACCAGUAACUGCACCAGUUACCCAACCUUUCCAAUCAUUUCCUUUAGGAAGGGCCAUGGCUUAGUGGUACAGCACAUGUUUUGCAUGUGAAAGGUGCCAGGUUUGAUCCCCCUUCAUCUCCAAGUGGGUCUGGUCUACGUCAAUGCGUGAAAGCCAGGAGAGCCACUGCCAGUCAAGGUAGUCAAUACUGAGUUGUAUGCGUCUAUGGUCUGACUUGGUAUAAGGCAGCAGGGGUAGACUUUAGUCUUUCAAAUUCCAGCAGCACCCUAUGUGAGUCCAAAAUUCAGUGCCCCUCAGCUCUUGCCUUCUGUUCUGCUCAAUUCACCGUGUCAUAGUUGUGGCACCCUUUGGUGACCCCUACUGUGGUGCCCAGUGUGGUGAAACUAGCUGUGCUGCCCUAAAUUUGCCUCUGAAGGCAGCUUUCUAUAUACAAAUGUCAGUGAAGAGACACAUGGGAAACAGCCCCCAAGAAUUGGAUUCCAGGUCUGGUGAUCAGCCCUGAGAAAGUAACAGAAGUGCAAAGGGGCCAGAUAUGUCCCAUCAAAAGAGAGAACUUCUCUUUACAGAGAAAAUACCAGAAAGGGGUCACUGAAUGUCAUGGUUGUUGUACACUAAAAAAACCCUCUCUAGGUACACAGAAGUAUAUUAAUCUGUAAACUGUAUUUCAAAGGGAGGAAAUACCGAAUGGCCUGAUGAGGGCUGGCUUCCAGGAUCUGUGGAAGGUUGGGGAAAAUUGAGACAUGGAACAUAGUGGGUGUCUGUUGAAGUGUUUGUGUGGCAAGAUUUAGAGCGGGGAAGGGAAUUGACCUGCAAGAGUCUCUAUCAGUUUACAAUAUCCUGGAGAGCACUAUUGGGGUCUUGAGAAGAUGACUUCCAUUCAUUUCACAAAUACAGAAAAGAAAGAAAAGUGGCUUUUUAAAAAAGAAGAUACAGAAACCAAAACAAAUUGCAAUGCAUGUUCAUUCAGUGUUCAGUUCUAAAUCAAUGAAGUAUCUCUUGUUUCAGGCUGGAAUCCACACAGCACAGUUCUAGCUUAGCUCUGGGAUUUACAGUCAGUGCACUGCAUAUUUCUUGAACUUUUGCUGUCAGCAGAAGAUUCCCACCACCAACUGCUUUUACAGUGGCCCAGAUUUAUAUUUUCUGCUGUGAAGGUUCUUGCCCAGUAACUAGUCUUUCUAGUGCAGAGCUUUCCAAACUGUGUGUUGCGACACGUUAGUGUGUCAGCUGGAGUGUGUAGGUGUGUCGCACUGCCUACGCUCCUCCCGGAGCUGGAAAGGGUUAGUUUAACCCAUGGGUAGGCAAACUAAGGCCUGGGGGCCAGAUCCGGCCCAAUCUCCUUCUAAAUCCAGCUCAUGGACGGCCCGGGAACCAGCGUGUUUUUACAUGAGUAGAAUGUGUGCUUUUAUUUAAAAUGCAUCUCUGGGUUAUUUGUGGGGCCUGCCUGGUGUUUUUACAUGAGUAGAAUGUGUCCUUUUAUUUAAAAUGUAUCUCUGGGUUAUUUGUGGGGCAUAGGAAUUCGUUCAUUUUUUCCCUUCAAAAUAUAGUCCGGCCCCCCACAAGGUCUGAGGGACAGUGGACUGGCCCCCUGCUGAAAAAGUUUCCUGGCCCCUGAUUAACCUCUGGUUUGCUAGUAAAACUGAAUUGCUGUGUCGCAAAAUGGUGCAUGUUCAAAAAGUGCGUCACCAACUUGAAAAGUUUGGAAAGCUCUGAUCUAGCUUUUCUAAAGCCAUGUGGCAUAUUAAGCUUUGAAAUAAAAUGGAGAAAAUAAUACAAAAGACUUUGCAGCUGUGAAAUGAAGAAUAUAGCCUAGUUAAUUCAAUUACUGGGCUGGGAAUCUCCAUCAUGCACCUAGUGCAUGCAACGUAUGAGACAGAUGUGUCAUGCUAUUACCUCUAUGCAUGGAUGACUGAUUUCAUACAUGUGCUUCUGCACCCACCUCACAUGUUACAUUCAACAGGGAAGGGAAUGUGUUUGAUUCACCAAACAAAGAGAUCCCUUCCUCUAGUAAGUAUCUGAAUCAGCUUCAUAUUUCUAGGAACCACAGGUUUCCCUGGUAGCCUUUCAAAGUAGCCUCAGGAAGAAGAGUAAUAAUAGAGUCAUGGAACUGUAGAAUUCGAAGAUAUCACAAGGGUCAUCUAGUCCAACCCCCUGCAAUGCAGGAAACUUAACAUGUGGUAAUGAUUGACAGUCUGCUUAAAAGAGGGCUUUCCAUAACUACUGAUAUUCCCCUGGUAUCUGCAGCCACUGACAGGGUUAUUUUGGCAAUGUCUAGAACGUUCUUUUUGUGUGCAGGGUAAUAGCUAGGCCCAGCCAGCUAACUGAGUGUGCUCUAGAAUCUGCUUCAGAACCACCAGAAAAGUGCAGGGAGUUUGCAGCACACACUUAGGGGGUCACUGGCAGGCAUACAGCCUUGGAUUUUUUUUUGUUCUCUGAGGGUAGGAAAUCUGAAAUCAACUGGAUUAGAUAAACAUGGUUGGCUCUAAGAAAUGGGUUCACCGUCAGGCUGUCAGCUGAGAAAGCUUGGCCGAUCAGUUUUAGUGACAAAUUUGGCAAGCUCAUAAAUCCAGGCUGAAUUUGAAAUGUCUGUCGGAACUUAAACCCACAUGAGGGGGAAAUGUUUCAGAAAAGGUUAUUAGGCAUGAAGCCUCAAAAAUGCACAAUAACAAGAUAUUCUGGAAACCAGAUUGUUUAAGAAGUAACCCUCAAUUUAUGUAUCUGAAGAAUGUAUCUGAAGAAGUGUGCGUGCACACGAAAGCUCAUACCAAUAACUAACUUAGUUGGUCUCUAAGGUGCUACUGGAAGGUAUUUAUUUAUUUAUUUAUUCCGUUUCGUUUCGUUUCGUUUCCUCAAUUUAUUGUUUGCCCAUCAUUAUGAUGGAUGGUGUAUCUGUGUUUUUUUGUGGGGAAAGGAUCUGUAUACUGCCAGGACUCCUAGGGUUGCAGUGUGACUAUGUGUGCUUUGCGCCAGAGCAGAGCUAUUUCAUACACAGUACAAUGCCCCUCCACACACAGAGACAAGGGGAAAUCACGUCUGCCACUCAGUGAAUACUUAUUGGGAACUGUGGCUGAAUCCAGUGCCUGGGGAUUGUAUCUGGAUAAUACAUAUGCAUCAGGUUCAUACAUUAUGUUUACAGGAAUAUGCAAAGAAUUUUAUAAAUACACUUUAAAAUGUAAUAUGUAAAGGAGCCCUUAGGACUAAUCCAUUAGAGAAAAUUUGCCUAAUUUCCCUCUCUGUACCAUUUUAUUUCUCUUCAUAUUUUUUGAAACUGAGAUGUUAAUUUAUUGAGUAGCUAUUGUUCAACCAAGAGGGAAAUCCUCACUCCCUGAACUCCAUUAGAUUUCCAUAUCAAGUUGACACCAGGCUUACUGCAUUUUAAUUGCAAUUGUCAAAACUUUUGUUAAAGCCAUCCCCUCACAUUCCUGAUAACUUGGUUUUUAAAAAGAGCUUGAAGGAUGUACCAAGUUGAAAUCUGCAAAGGGGUAGGGAAAUCUAUGGGUGGAAUUGUCUAGUUCCACUUUGCAGAGCUUUGGCAGAGAGUGAAGUCAGUUUGCCAAAACUCCACAAGUGAACACAGAAGCCAGAGUGGCCUCCAUGAGUCACUGCAUUGAAGAUCUCUGAUGGAGAAAGGGAUUGCUAAAACACUCUGGACUGGGAUUCAAGGGGGUCUAGUGCAGGACAGGGGCCAUAGUAGAUCCCUGUCUCCUACGGAGGGAUGAAAGACCAACCCCCCUGCUCUUCCCUGCACCAGAGGCCUGUUUAUUUCACACCCCACCUCUCAGGCUUAAGCUCCCCACAGGCCUGCCUGCACCCCACCAGUUACACCCAGUUGCAACAAUCCCCACCACCCCAGGGCCUCCUCCAGCCGCCACAUUCUCUUCAGGCCUGACCUAGCUUACCUCCUCCUUGUUUUUGUUUGGCAUGGUCAACUAGCCAGGUGGCUAGGGGUCCACCAGGCUGGAGAGUUGCAGCCUCCCAUGGCAGGGAUGGUGGCAAUGGCGAUAUCCCCAUUGUCUUGCUCCCCCUUGCUGGCCUGGCUCCCCCCACCCCCCGACCCAGUUCAAGACUCUUCCCCACAUCCUGUCUUCUCUGACUCCCAGGAGGUGGUGGAGAAGCGGGAGGGGUAAGAAAAGCAGGCAGCCUCAGUCAGCAACUCUCUCUUCCCCCUGCUUCCCCCAACGUGAAACCAUUUCCAGUUAACAUACCUCAACAAAAAUGGGAAUUCAAGACUCUGCAUGUCAAAGUGAGAAGCUGUGAUGGUUUAAAGGCUUUUGUGACGGUCCUGGCAUUUUCGGGGCAGUUGGAUACUAUGCAACUGAGUCGAGAGUUGCCUUGCUACUUUAUGAUUCCUGAUUAGUGAGAGUCACUGAUGUCAUUUGCAUAGCAAGCAUUGUCUUCACUCUGAAUAGGCUUAAUUUCCUCCUGCUGAACUCAGCAAAUACCUAAAUCUGAUUGGCUACAUAGGAUUAUUACACUUUCAUGUCCAAUACAUGGCCCUGAUUAGGUGGAGAGGAAUUGAGUAAAGCAACGACAACAAAAAAGGGGAAAGAAUGAGGGAGAGGCAAUUAAGCACCAGCAAAAGGUGAAAACAUGGCGGUCGAUAGUAGCAAUCACUGUGAAGAACACAGAAUGGAGGGUUUGGGGUUGCACACCCUCUAAAUCACUAUUUUCAAGCCAAAGGAAAACUGAAUCUGGAGAAUGUUUCAUUCAGCCUGAACAUAUUGUAAAUUUCAUGUGAAGAAAAUGCUGCAUGGAGCCUUUGGUAUGGUGCCUGACCUUGCUCAUGAAUCUCAGCUGCUUAAAAAGGCUUGGAAAAUUACAUUAUCCUAUACCAUCAGUGCUCACUCAAUAAAGACGGAUAAAAAGGGCAGGCAAGAGAAAUCCCACAGAGCUCAAGUAUUGACUUCUAGCUUUGGCCCAGCAGUGUAACAACUCUAACUAAUGAGCAAGCAGCUCAGAAGGACACGGUGCCCUUUUUGAUUCAUGUGCUGGUCUUGCGGAGAGCUUAUUAAUUGUCAUUGUUCCCCCCCUUGUGCUUCACAAUAAAUAUUUGUGUGUGCAGUUAUGGGAGGGCUGUCUCUGCUGCCACGUGGGGAAAAGUAAAUUAAAUUUACUUUCCCCUUUAUUGGAAUCCUUAUUUUGAUUAUCAUGGCAACCCCCAAGUGGAAAUGUAAGAAAUAUAGAAGAGAAUAAAAGAGAAGCAUGUCAAUGUUGUGUAGCCAAUCUACUGCUUUUAGAACAAUGGUUCCACAUACAGUGGUAUCUCGGAUUAAGUACUUAAUUCGUUCCGGAGGUCCGUACUUAACCUGAAACUGUUCUUAACCUGAAGCACCACUUUAGCUAAUGGGGCCUCCUGUUGCUGCCGUGCCGCCGGAGCACGAUUUCUGUUCUUAUCCUGAAGCAAAGUUCUUAACCUGAAGCACUAUUUCUGGGUUAGCGGAAUCUGUAACCUGAAGUGUAUGCAACCUGAAGCAUAUGUAACCCAAUGUACCACUGUAUUCCAUUUCACAAUAACAAUUGCUUAUCAUCACAACAUGUGAGCAGUGCUUUAAAUGUAACUUUUUAGUUAAUAAUGGUGGUAGCGAGAAGAGGCUCAAGUAUUUUCAAAUUUAGCACAACCCCCUACUCAUAAAACUGGUGUGUGGGGGAGGGGAAAGGAUCUCAGUAACAGUAACAUUAACAACAUGCCUUGGAGGGCAGAUCUUAAUAAUUUCCCAUAUAUCAGGAUACAGGCUAGUUGGGGAAAACAACUUGGUAUUUACCCUGGAGUAGACAUUAUGGUAAAGUGAUACCUCCCCCACAAAAAUAGAACAGGGAAGCAGAAAUCUUUGCCUGUCCCUUGAUGGCAAACCCCAACAUACCAUUAAAAAAAACAUUUUUUUAAAAAAAAUAAAUACAUCCUGCCUAUCUUUUCUUUCUAAGGACGAAACAAUAAUUUGUCCCAUUCAUUUGAAAGCUGUAACCAUGGCAUUAAAAGCACUGAUGUAAGAUAGGUUCCAUUAUUAUCAUUAUCAUAAUUAUAGCAAAUAUGAGGCACAACUAGUAUUUGGGAAAUUUUUUAAAACUGUAGACUUCGGCUUGCAAGGAAAAUUUUGGAAAAGUUGCAAGCCAGGGGGAGAGUGCUUGCUGAAAUAAAGGCAAUGUCUUCUCACCCAAGGCGAGAGGCUAUUUGCAAAUCUGCUGCAGAGGCAAUUGUAUCAAGAAACAAGGGCAGAAAUAAGCCCAACAAGCUAAGGUCUGAGCCAUCACACCUCUAUUGCACAUGCUCAGAGCACACAUUUCAGUCUUCACACAGUGAUGGCACACUCAAAAGCAAUCCUGGGGGGACUUUUUUUCCUGUCAGGUGCUGCAUUCCCACCAGGGGACACAUGCCUGGGAUGCAUUGGGGACAUAGACACAAAAAAAUAGGUGUACCACCCCUUCUCUCUCCCUUUCUAUUUCUCUCUUUCCAUUGCCCCCCUUUGCUUUCCUUGCCACCUACAUGAAGUGAGGUCAAGGGUCACAUGCGCCCAUUUGCCCACAGGUUGCCUAGGGUUUCCAGCCACAGUCACAAUGUGUAGAAUGCACCAUGCCUGGCAAAGAGAGCACACUGAGGCUGAGGGUGGUGUGUAAACUGUUUGUGGCCCCAUCUCCACUAUACAUUUAAUGCCAUAUUAUACCACUUUACACAGCCAUCGCUUAGGCCCAGGGAAUCCUGGGAACUGAAGUUUGUUGAGGCUGCUUUUAGGAGGCCCCUAUUCCCCUCAGAGCUACAAUUAUCAGAGUGCUCUGGAACUGUAGUUCUGUGAGGGCAAUAGGGGCUUCCUAACAACUCUCAGUGCCCUUAACAAACUCCACUUCCCAUGAUUCUCUGGGGGAAGCUUUUGCUCUUUAUAAAGUGAGAUGAUUUGGCUUUGAAUGCAUAGUGCAGAUGGGGCCUGUGCCUGGUGCCAGAAUGACACAGUGACCAGCUCUGAACAUUGUGGCCGCAGUGAAAGUUAAUUGUCACAUGGAGACAGCUUCCCACAUGAUCCUUGUUAAUAUGUUCUCUAGCUUUUACAGCAUUUCUCCUUAAAUAGCAUAGUUUAUAGGGGAUGUUCUGUUUCUUUUAAUGGGCUUUGGAUUUGAUCCAUAAUAAGAAGCACCUUUUAAAAUGUUGGCCAGCGUUGAUUUAUGGCUAACUAAAAAGCUUUUUUAGAUUAAAUAAAAUGUUUUCACCACACAGCACUGUGUACAUUAAUCUCCACGGAAUGCAUUUAAAGUGCGCUCCUAUUUAAAACACCCUUUCCCCCCUUCUUUCAACAACAUAGGCCGGGCAAGACUAUUCAUACCACACUUUGUAAAUUUGAUGCCAAUGUUAAUUUAAUUUCUCCCUUUAUUUUGCUUUACAAAAUUCUAGAGAAUGAGGUGAAAGUAACGUAGGGCUUGGGUAUUCAACACAACCAAAACAGGACAAGAAAAGUGUUAAGGACCUGUUUAAAUAUAGCCAAAACUGGAGAAGGAGGAAAUUAUAUCUGACAGUAUAAUCGGGGGCUGUCAGGUACCCAAGUUGGCAGCUGACGACAAAUUAUUUGAGAUGCGUUUGGCAUAAGUUGGGAAUCACAGGUGGGCAGAGUGUUGUUGCUGGACUAGAUGGGCCAUUGGCCUGAUCCUGCAGGCUCAUCUAACAUUCUUACCAUUACUCAACUGAGCAACUGAUUUUUUGGGAGAAGCAAUGCAUUUAUAUCAGUCUAGAUGGCACAGCCACAGUUGGAAUAAUGUGCACAGUUCUUUUUUACUGUUCUUUAUUCAUUUCUAUACUGCCCUUCUACUUCUUCAUGGCUUACUGCAGAAGUUGAAAACUACAUAAGAUAAAUGGACAAUGUAGUACUGAAAAUAGACUUUCCCCAUAACCAAUAAGAAAAACGAGACAAGACUAAAAUGACAGAUGAAACCAGUAGCAACAUCUUAUAAAGAAUUAUUGGUACAGUUCUGGAAAAGCCCACCAGAAUAAAAAAAUGUAUUCACAGCCCAUCCAAAAGUGUCUGGAAUGGGGUAUAGUGAACCUCUUUGUGGAAGCCACAUCAAAUCCUGGGUUUUGCAGCUUCCAGGUACCCACCCUCCAUGACACUGAUGGCAGGGAAGGAAACCUCUGAGUUGGACUGGGGUUCUCGUAGUGGUGGUAGCGGAGAGGAGGCAAUUCUUGUGCUAUUCUGUCUCAGGCCAUUUGUAAUUUUAAAGAGCCAAGGCAGCAUGUUAGCGUCAAAUAGAUAACAACUGAAGCUGGCAAAAGACUAGAAUUUGUGACGUUCUGCCUGUCCCACCUAAAGGGAAAAAUGAUGUGGCAGAGCAUGAUCAGGAAAGGGCAACCAAAAUGAUUGAGGGUUUCUAGUACCUUCCAUAAAAGGAAAGGCUGAAGCAUUUGGAACUUUUUAGUUUAGAAAAAAGAUAACUAACAAGGAACAUGAAAGAGGUUUUGAAAUUAUUUAUGGUGUGGAUAAAGUAAACAGAGAGUGGCAUGGCCAUGGCAUAUUUCACACUGCUGGUGGGGAACAGGACUAGGCUUCUGGCCUGGGCACCUCACCCUAUUGCUCUUGCCCAGCAUUGUUGGGGGUGUGCUAAGCAGGUGGCCACAGGGAGGAGAAGCACCUGGUUUUAGGCCAGGGUGCUUGCCUGCAAUCUUCAAGUGAGAGGGCAGAUUUGGAAGGGAUGGACUGGAGGCAGAAGCUCCUAAGGCUUCAGUUCAUCUUGAUUGGCACAAGUUGCUCACUAGGAGCUGUCCAUAGUGCUACAAGCACAAGUUUCCCUUGCUGUCUUAGUAGCCUUGCUUCCAUGUCUUGUACAGUAUAUGCUACAGCAGAGAUCGUCAGACUUGAGGCCUCCAGGUUCUAACCCUGCCCCACAACCCUUAGAUCCAUCAAGUGAAGUUUGCUGCAAGAUAAAUAUGCUUAGAACAAAAGAAUUCUGAGUCUAGGGAUUUGUUUUGAGCACUAGAACUAAGUAGAGCUCACAGUCUUUCCAUGCAAAACCCCACUCCUGGUUACCCCCCUCACAACUUUCUUACUUUGGCAGUAUGAAUUAGGAGUGGAGAAUGGUGUUACCAUUGUUUAACAAAUGGGACUCAUAAGUCCUUGCUUAUCUCCUUCCAAACACCCAGAGAUCCUAUUCUAUCUUACACUCAUUGCUGAGCUACAGACAGAUCAUAACACUCUCCUCCAUAAUAUUUAUAUCAUUGGUAGAGCAAUGGAACUGAUUGGCAAUAGAUUCAGAAUGGACAGAAACACUAUUUCAUGCAGCACAUAAUGUAAUUACAGGAUUUGCUGCCACAAGCUGUGUGGAUGGGUACUAGUUAGGUGGGUUUAAAAGGAUACUGGAUACCAGCAAUUAGUCAUUGCAGUUAAAUAGAACCUCUAACUUCAAAUGCACUUCUGGAAACAGGAUUCAACACUAUCCAGUAGGGUUCUUCUUCUUCUUUUCAUAGAUACAUUUUCCUAGGAGUCCAUAGAAUAACAAUUUCCAAGGGAAAUAAAGACAUAAUUGUUCAGCAUUGUUAAUCUACUGAUUGCCUCUCCUUCUUGAUAGAACAAAAAGGCAAUAUUUAUAGAUUCAUGUCAAGGCUGAAGUACUUUCACUUAGGGACGCGGGUGGCGCUGUGGGUAAAACCUCAGUGCCUAGGACUUGCCGAUUGUAUGGUCGGCGGUUUGAAUCCCUGCGGCAGGGUGAGCUCCCGUCUUUCGGUCCCAGCUCCUGCCCACCUAGCAGUUCGAAAGCACCCUUAAGUGCAAGUAGAUAAAUAGGUACCGCUUUAUAGCGGGAAGGUAAACGGCGUUUCCGUGUGCUGUGCUGGUGCUGGCUCGCCAGAGCAGCUUCGUCACGCUGGCCACGUGACCCGGAAGUGUCUCCGGACAGCGCUGGCCCCCGGCCUCUUAAGUGAGAUGGGCGCACAACCCUAGAGUCGGACACGACUGGCCCGUACGGGCAGGGGUACCUUUACCUUUACUUUCACUUAGAUUAUGAGCCAAUCAUACCUGACUAGUUCCAGUAUCCUUUGGCACUCUAAAUACAUGGACCGUGAUGACACAUGACUGUUUAAGUUAACUGUUCUGAAUAUUUAACAACAAGCAUUUUCUAAAUGAAAGAGGAUUUGAAAGAGGUGGAAAAUGCCACAACCCCAACCUUUUUUUUUUUAAAUAAUAUUUAUUAAUUUUUCAACCGUUUAAACACAACAAAACAGAAAGACAAAAAAAUCAGAAAAAAAGAAAAAUAAGAAAAACAUAAAACUAACAAAGCAAGACACAAACCAUUUCAAACACAAAACGAUUUCAAUGUCUUAUCUUUCAUUCCCUUAUUUCCAUGACCUCCUCACUGUUGAAUGGUUUAAUAUGUAAAGGUUCAUCAUUGUUCCACUCGAUGUGUAUGUCUUUAAGGGGCCAGAGAAAGGGCCAGAGCAAAAUAACGAGACCCAGCUUUACAGCUGUGAAACAUAGCAGGUGCUGCUGAGUUGUAUUGAUUAAGCUGUGUUGGUAAUUGGGUGUAGUAUAUAAGGAGCAGCACCUAGCUCUCCCAUUACCCUGGGGGAUGGGUUGGUGGUUGGGUCAUGUUUGUUUGUUAAUGUAUUUAGUGUAAAAGGAGUUUUUGUUUUUCUUAUUAAAACCUUGUUUAAGUUAUUUUUGAGUCCCUUUUUAAUGCGUGGUCCCCCAGCAAGCUCUCUGCAGCGCUACCAUACUGCAAAAAGCUAACACUCACACCUCCCUUUUUGUUUUCCACUUCUCUUAAUUAUUUCAGCAAUUCCUUUCCAUCUUCCUCUGUUUUCUAUCCUAUAAUUAUCUUAACAUAUUCUAGCCUUAUUUUUCCCUUUAAUACACUAUUAAUCUAUUUAUACUUGAUUCCUUAUAGCAUUUCUACUAAAGCCAUAUAACUUCAUUCCAACAUUUUUCUAACAUUCAUUAUUUUUACAGUAUUUCUAUAAAUAGUCUUAAACUUUUUCCAGUCUUCUUCCACCGACUCUUCUCCCUGGUCUCGGAUUUCUGCCAGUCGUUUCCGCCAAUUCCAUAUAGUCCAUCAACUUCAUCUGCCAUUCUUCCCGAAUAGAUAAAUCUUGUGUCUUCCAGUACUUCACAAUGAGUAUUCUUGCUGCUAUUGUUGCAUACAUGAAAAAAGUUCUAUCCUUCUUUAACACCAACUGGCCGACCAUGCCCAAGAGAAAGGCCUCUGGUUUCUUCAAAAGGGUAUAUUUAAAUACCUUUUUCAUUUCGUUAUGAAUCAUCUCCCAAAGUGUCUUAAUCCUUGGACAUGCCCUCAAAGGUGAACUCUAAUCCUCAAAUUCGUCUGUUUUUCUUUAAGUUCAGUCAUAGCAAGCGUCAACUUAUGUUCAUCAAAUUGCCUCUGUAGGGCUGGGGCUCUCUUUCUCUUUCUCUCCAGUUGUGUUACUUUACCUUCAGCAACAACAGCUUUUUCCCUGACUUCCUCCACAGUUUGCCAUAUCAAAAUAGGUUCUUGUAUCAAUUUCUGGGUGGUUUCUGUAUUGGUAUUAUUUAUACUUUCUGUAUUUAAGUUAGUUUUAGUAAUUGAAACAUCCACUUUCACAUUUAUCAUGUCCAUUUUCCUGUGAAGCUGAUCCAAUGAGUCAUUUAUCUUGUAUAAUGCAGCCACUAAAGCCUCUUCUGUCGACAUUCCUCUUGGUUUUAAAUAUACUGGUACAAAGGCAGCAACAGAGGGAGCCGGAGGGCCUGAUGAUGGACCUCUCCUGGAUUGUUGCCAAGUCCUCCCAGACCUUAAUGUUUUGUCAGCAGUUGACUGGUCUGUUUUUCCUCUUCCAUUUACCAUAACACUUAAAAGAUUCAAGGUCAGUCUCAGAGUCUCACGGUUUUUAACUUGCAGCUGGAAAUUCCCUAGCCCAGCUUUUGUAAAGCAACCGGUUUCAAAGGCUUCCACUAGGGGGAAACAGUUUCUAUUUGUAAUAGUCAAUAGUAUCCUCUUUUAAACAAUCCAAAAUUAGUUUCAAAUUAGUUUCAAUUUUCAGUUGCUUUUACUCCUUUUUAAAGCAGCCAGAGACAGUAAAAACAAUGUAUUUCUCUUAUUUAACUAGCUGUCAAUGAACGUUCUAAACGCUGUCAAUGAACAUUCCAAAAGAUGUCAGUCCUACUAGCAGCCCGUUUCCAGGGUCAGAGCGGCGGUGUUUUAAAUCUCUUCGCUCUCUCCCGCAGGCAUACUCAAUCCGCAACUUCCCCCUCUCUUCUCCUGCCUCCAAGAGGGGGUUUAAUGUUCUUUACCAUUGGAAAUUUAAUCCUUUACAAAAGACUUUCCAGGACUCCAGCUUGCAACUUCAUUGCCUCAGUCUAUUUACAAAAGGGGAAGGUGGACUUCCUGUUUUGAACCUCCCCGUUACAUUAAACAUUUAGAAAUCCAAUUCUUCCGCUUCAGCUCUACUCACAGGUAAUUACUUUAAAGUCAAAUUGUCCACAGGAAAAGGUCAGCGCUCUCCGGCAACAGCUAUGCGGCUUCGCUCCGUGGAAAAAGCAGACCAUUCGAUGCACCGCGCCGCUCACCCCACGUCACUCCGGAGCCCCCAAAACCGGGGUUCCCCGCGAGUGGGGGAGGCGCAAAGGUGCCCGCCGAAUCCCACGCUCACAGGCUUCUCCCGCCUGUGAUUUUAACGGGUCUCUGCCUUCGCCGUGGCGGCCAGACCCAGAUUCCCACGGAGCAGAUUCCUCCCGGUCAGAGGAAUUCCGCCAUUACCGGAGGUGCCUCCCCGGAAGUCCCCAACAACCCCACCCUUUCUUUACCCCUUUUUGUGUAGUGUUCUUAGCUUCCAUCUUUUCCUGCUUUUCAGCUUUGACAGAUUUUUUUAAAACGCCUUUUUCGUAAGUCAGUCAUAGGUCACAUUCGCAAUACCUUGGCAUCACACAUCCAGCCAGAUUAGACUAUUUGACAGUGCCAUCCGAUCACUCAGAUUGGACUACAUGAUGGUAGCACAAAGCCACAUCAAAGUUAGGUCAAUGCAUUGGAAGAGGAAACAUUUUUACCCCACUUCUUAGCUCCCUGACAGAUUGGUAAAAUGGGUUUGCAUUUUGCUAGCUGUAACUUUUUGUGCGUGAAUUGUGCUCCUUAUAUUUGCUUGAAGUUUUAUCAUUGGGUUGCUUCAGUUCACUUCAGCAUACCAUUUGCCAGUUCUGCUGGCACAAAUGCUAACUGUAUUGGAAAAGUGCCCGUCUUCUACCAACUAUACUUCAGAGAAAAUGCUUCUCAGCUAUUGAUUAUUCUAGGCUGGUGCUGUGACAUAGUGACUUUGUGCUAUCUCUACCUACCAUUUUGUGGAAAUACGGCUAACUGAACUGAGUCCACAAGGGAUCGUCCAUUACCUUGACAAAACAAAACAUCAAUAUAAUAUAAUAUUGUGUUUUGUUUUGUUUGUUUGCAAAGCUCCCAUGUAAAUGCUUUGUAGAGUCCAGUCUUAUACUUCUACACUAUGACCAUUCAUUUCAAAAGGUCUUUAGCAGGAUCAGAUCUUGAUGGACUGCCUCCGUAUGAUAUCAAGUCAGGCUUCAACAUUUAAGGCCCUGUAUAAUGAAAAACCAAAGAAAUGGCAUAUCUGCCAUUCUCUGCUGGUAAUUGUCUAGAUAAUAUAUAAUUACAUGUUUAAUUACCCCUGUUUAAAGAUCUCAUUGAGGCUUAAAUUAUAAGGGAGGAUCGGAUACCUUCUUAAAACAAAUGCUAGAACAAUUUGCAAUAUUGAACAAGAAGGUGGAUGACCAAUCGGCAAAAAUAGACCAAGCCACAUCCUCUAUUACUAAAUUAUCUGACCAAGUUGCACAACAUACACAAGUUAUUGGGAAUCUCAAAGGAAGCAACUGUGGAAAAUCGGAGACUGGCUGAAGCAGCCAAUGAAAAAGCAGAACAAGCAAAUCAAAAAGCUGAGGCUAUAAAAGAAGAGGUAAGGCCACUACACAAGCACGUUAGCGACCAGCAGGCCUACCUGUCUAUGGUGGAAUUGAGAAACCGGGAAAAUAAUCUGAGAUUAAGAGCUAUCCCAGAGCUUGAACAGGAAGAUUUAAUUGGUUAUCUGACAGCAGAAUUUUCUAAGUUCUGGGGUAUAGAAGAGGACAAAGACUUUAAGAUUACAACUGCGUUCAGAUUAGGAAGAGUCGUGAGGAGGGACAAGCCCAGAGACUGUUUGAUUAUUUUGAGAUCCAAGCAGGAGAGAGAUAAAAUACUAGGCCUCCACUUUAAGAAAUCACUUGAUAUCCAAGGCAAAAGAGCAGAACUUUAUAGAGAUAUUCCUAAACAACUUUUGGAUCUCAGAGCUACAUAUACAGACUUAGCAAGACUACUGAGAGGAAACGCGAUUCCAUAUAGGUGGGAGUUUCCCCAAGGUUUAUCUUUUAAUUUUAAAGGAAAGAAAAUUAAGAUUAAAACAUCAGAAGAUAACCAGAAGUUCCUGCACGAUCACGGAGAAGACCUUCAGAAGGGAGCAGCAGCCUCCUGGCCACCGCCACUGCCUGGAAUAGCACUGACACCUACACCCUCGGGGCCAGAAGAAAAGGAAGACACCCCAGUAUAGGAACAACAGAUUGAUUCAGAAUGUCUCUGCAGCUGUACAGUUGGAAUAUAAAUGGCGGGAAUUCCCCGGAAAAAAAGACGAAGGAUUUUUCAUAUUUUGAAAAAAGAACAAUUGGAUAUUGUUUGCUUGCAGGAAACGCAUGUGACUAGACUCCAUAGGAAAGUGUUAAUCAAUAAAAGACUAGGCCAAGAAUUUAUUUCAUCAGACAAAGUCAAGAAAAGAGGCGUAGUGAUUUAUGCAAAGGAGAACCUGUCACCGAAACUUCUGUUUAAAGAUGAGCAAGGAAGAAUUUUGGCAAUUGAGAUACAAACACAAGGAGAAAAGUUUUUGAUUUUAGGAAUAUAUGCACCAAAUGAGGGAAAUCGGAAUUUUACAAGAAGCUGCAUGAGAUAAUGCUGGACUAUCUGGACUAUACUAACAUCAUAAUGAUGGGUGAUAUGAAUGGGGUGGUUUCUACUCACAUGGAUAAGUCACAAAAUCAAAAUUUAACUAAAGACGGCAGACUACCUAAAACCUUCUUUGAACUAACUGACAACAUGGACUUGAUUGAUAUUUGGAGGACAAAGGAACCCCUUAGGUAAAGAAGGAACAUUCUUUUCUGAGGCCCACCUAUCAUGGACAAGAAUCGACCAAAUAUGGACAACUAGAGGACUGGCACCUAAGAUCAGAAAAGUGGAAAUCUGUCCAAAGACUUGCUCCGACCAUAAUGCUUUGAAAGUGGAAUUGAGACUUACUCCAACCGGUUCUUUCAGAUGGAAAAUGAAUGACACCCUACUAAGAGAUCAGGAGAUUGUGAAGAAGGCCCAAAAAACUUUAAAGGACUAUUUUGAAAUCAAUUUGAACACUUCGGUGGAAAAGAGAACAAUUUGGGAUGCAAGUAAAGCUGUAAUGAGGGGGUUCUGAUACAACAGAACACAAUCAAGAAAAAACUUUGGAAUGGAAAAAAGACAGGAUAUUAUAGAAGAUAAGAGAAGGAGAGAAAAAUUGAGACUAAAACCAAAAUCAAAAGAGGUUUUAAGAGAAAUCAAAUUCCACCAAGCUCAAUAUGCGAAAUUGAUAAAUCAAGAAGUGGAAUGGAAAAUUAAACAAAUGAAACAAAGAUCAUUUGAAUCGGCAAAUAAAUGUGGAAAACUGCUAGCAUGGCAGUUGAAAAGAGACAAAAAUUGAACUUUGUCACUAAUCUAGAGGUGGAAGGAGAAACAUUCAGAAACCAGAAGAAAUUAGAAAGUGUUUUCAGAAAUAUUUCAAAAAACUUUAUACACAAGGGCCUCAGGAAAUGUCUGAGAUAGAUCAAUUUUUAAAAGUUAACGGUUUAUCAAAACUAUCUCAGGAGAAGAAACUAAUUGCUGAUGAAAUGGUUGUAUUUAAAUAUGUCCCAGGUGACAAUCAAAUUGCAGACACUUUUACUAAAGCACUUCCAAAAGGUAUACAUGAAGAACAUGUACAAAGUAUGCUUUAUGUUUUUGUUCCACAAUGAUGAACCGCAGGGGAAAUGUUGAAUGGUUUAAUAUGUAAAGGUUCAUCAUUGUUCCACUCGAUGUGUAUGUCUUUAAGGGGCCAGAGAAAGGGCCAGAGCAAAAUAACGAGACCCAGCUUUACAGCUGUGAAACAUAGCAGGUGCUGCUGAGUUGUAUUGAUUAAGCUGUGUUGGUAAUUGGGUGUAGUAUAUAAGGAGCAGCACCUAGCUCUCCCAUUACCCUGGGUGAUGGGUUGGUGGUUGGGUCAUGUUUGUUUGUUAAUGUAUUUAGUGUAAAAGGAGUUUUUGUUUUUCUUAUUAAAACCUUGUUUAAGUUAUUUUUGAGUCCCUUUUUAAUGCAUGGUCUCCCCAGCAAGCUCUCUGCAGCGCUACCAUACUGCAAAAAGCUAACACUCACACCUCCCUUUUUGUUUUCCACUUCUCUUAAUUAUUUCAGCAAUUCCUUUCCAUCUUCCUCUGUUUUCUAUCCUAUAAUUAUCUUAACAUAUUCUAGCCUUAUUUUUCCCUUUAAUACACUAUUAAUCUAUUUAUACUUGAUUCCUUAUAGCAUUUCUACUAAAGCCAUAUAACUUCAUUCCAACAUUUUUCUAACAUUCAUUAUUUUUACAGUAUUUCUAUAAAUAGUCUUAAACUUUUUCCAGUCUUCUUCCACCGACUCUUCUCCCUGGUCUCGGAUUUCUGCCAGUCGUUUCCGCCAAUUCCAUAUAGUCCAUCAACUUCAUCUGCCAUUCUUCCCGAAUAGAUAAAUCUUGUGUCUUCCAGUACUUCACAAUGAGUAUUCUUGCUGCUAUUGUUGCAUACAUGAAAAAAGUUCUAUCCUUCUUUAACACCAACUGGCCGACCAUGCCCAAGAGAAAGGCCUCUGGUUUCUUCAAAAGGGUAUAUUUAAAUACCUUUUUCAUUUCGUUAUGAAUCAUCUCCCAAAGUGUCUUAAUCCUUGGACAUGCCCUCAAAGGUGAACUCUAAUCCUCAAAUUCGUCUGUUUUUCUUUAAGUUCAGUCAUAGCAAGCGUCAACUUAUGUUCAUCAAAUUGCCUCUGUAGGGCUGGGGCUCUCUUUCUCUUUCUCUCCAGUUGUGUUACUUUACCUUCAGCAACAACAGCUUUUCCCUGACUUCCUCCACAGUUUGCCAUAUCAAAAUAGGUUCUUGUAUCAAUUUCUGGGUGGUUUCUGUAUUGGUAUUAUUUAUACUUUCUGUAUUUAAGUUAGUUUUAGUAAUUGAAACAUCCACUUUCACAUUUAUCAUGUCCAUUUUCCUGUGAAGCUGAUCCAAUGAGUCAUUUAUCUUGUAUAAUGCAGCCACUAAAGCCUCUUCUGUCGACAUUCCUCUUGGUUUUAAAUAUACUGGUACAAAGGCAGCAACAGAGGGAGCCGGAGGGCCUGAUGAUGGACCUCUCCUGGAUUGUUGCCAAGUCCUCCCAGACCUUAAUGUUUUGUCAGCAGUUGACUGGUCUGUUUUUCCUCUUCCAUUUACCAUAACACUUAAAAGAUUCAAGGUCAGUCUCAGAGUCUCACGGUUUUUAACUUGCAGCUGGAAAUUCCCCUAGCCCAGCUUUUGUAAAGCAACCGGUUUCAAAGGCUUCCACUAGGGGGAAACAGUUUCUAUUUGUAAUAGUCAAUAGUAUCCUCUUUUAAACAAUCCAAAAUUAGUUUCAAAUUAGUUUCAAUUUUCAGUUGCUUUUACUCCUUUUUAAAGCAGCCAGAGACAGUAAAAACAAUGUAUUUCUCUUAUUUAACUAGCUGUCAAUGAACGUUCUAAACGCUGUCAAUGAACAUUCCAAAAGAUGUCAGUCCUACUAGCAGCCCGUUUCCAGGGUCAGAGCGGCGGUGUUUUAAAUCUCUUCGCUCUCUCCCGCAGGCAUACUCAAUCCGCAACUUCCCCUCUCUUCUCCUGCCUCCAAGAGGGGGUUUAAUGUUCUUUACCAUUGGAAAUUUAAUCCUUUACAAAAGACUUUCCAGGACUCCAGCUUGCAACUUCAUUGCCUCAGUCUAUUUACAAAAGGGGAAGGUGGACUUCCUGUUUUGAACCUCCCCGUUACAUUAAACAUUUAGAAAUCCAAUUCUUCCGCUUCAGCUCUACUCACAGGUAAUUACUUUAAAGUCAAAUUGUCCACAGGAAAAGGUCAGCGCUCUCCGGCAACAGCUAUGCGGCUUCGCUCCGUGGAAAAAGCAGACCAUUCGAUGCACCGCGCCGCUCACCCCACGUCACUCCGGAGCCCCAAAAACCGGGGUUCCCCGCGAGUGGGGGAGGCGCAAAAGGUGCCCGCCGAAUCCCACGCUCACAGGCUUCUCCCGCCUGUGAUUUUAACGGGUCUCUGCCUUCGCCGUGGCGGCCAGACCCAGAUUCCCACGGAGCAGAUUCCUCCCGGUCAGAGGAAUUCCGCCAUUACCGGAGGUGCCUCCCCGGAAGUCCCCAACAACCCCACCCUUUCUUUACCCCUUUUUGUGUAGUGUUCUUAGCUUCCAUCUUUUCCUGCUUUUCAGCUUUGACAGAUUUUUUUAAAACGCCUUUUUCGUAAGUCAGUCAUAGGUCACAUUCGCAAUACCUUGGCAUCACACAUCCAGCCAGAUUAGACUAUUUGACAGUGCCAUCCGAUCACUCAGAUUGGACUACAUGAUGGUAGCACAAAGCCACAUCAAAGUUACGUCAAUGCAUUGGAAGAGGAAACAUUUUUACCCCACUUCUUAGCUCCCUGACAGAUUGGUAAAAUGGGUUUGCAUUUUGCUAGCUGUAACUUUUUGUGCGUGAAUUGUGCUCCUUAUAUUUGCUUGAAGUUUUAUCAUUGGGUUGCUUCAGUUCACUUCAGCAUACCAUUUGCCAGUUCUGCUGGCACAAAUGCUAACUGUAUUGGAAAAGUGCCCGUCUUCUACCAACUAUACUUCAGAGAAAAUGCUUCUCAGCUAUUGAUUAUUCUAGGCUGGUGCUGUGACAUAGUGACUUUGUGCUAUCUCUACCUACCAUUUUGUGGAAAUACGGCUAACUGAACUGAGUCCACAAGGGAUCGUCCAUUACCUUGACAAAACAAAACAUCAAUAUAAUAUAAUAUUGUGUUUUGUUUUGUUUGUUUGCAAAGCUCCCAUGUAAAUGCUUUGUAGAGUCCAGUCUUAUACUUCUACACUAUGACCAUUCAUUUCAAAAGGUCUUUAGCAGGAUCAGAUCUUGAUGGACUGCCUCCGUAUGAUAUCAAGUCAGGCUUCAACAUUUAAGGCCCUGUAUAAUGAAAAACCAAAGAAAUGGCAUAUCUGCCAUUCUCUGCUGGUAAUUGUCUAGAUAAUAUAUAAUUACAUGUUUAAUUACCCCUGUUUAAAGAUCUCAUUGAGGCUUAAAUUAUAUCACUUGUGCCUGGUGCCAUCCACAGGGGAUUACAGUCAAAUAAGAUAUGAAGAUACAAAGUGUUUCAUUAGCAGCUAAUUGAAUUACCUGGGUACACAAUAAUCCUCUCAAAUUGUCAUCAUCAUCUGCUGAAGAUGGAGUCAGAGCAUCAUGCAACUCUCCUCUGUCCUGCAAAUUGUGUACAAAUGGGACUUUCAGCUUAUACUUUCCUUGAGGCAAAUACUGUGCUCCAGUCCUCUAAGUUUCUUGAGUGAUGUGUUUGCUUUCAAUUCCCUGAACGUAGGGCAUCUGUCUUAACGAAAUGCCAGUCUGUGUUGGUUCCUUAUGUAAUAUGUCCUUGUGUAGAUCCUAGGAUCUUUUCAAUUCAAACCAUGCAGUUGUAUUUUAGUGGAGGGACAUUGGAAUCGGACUGUUGUUAGUGUUUUUCUUUCUCUCGCACUCAUGCUGACUCUGUGAUAAUGACAUACAGCAAUGGUAAGAUGUUGGGUUGAAAUAAGCGACAGACGAAUGGCAAGGUGUCAUACGGGAGGCAUCUCUCGAGCAUGUGCUCGGGAAGUCCCUUUUAUUGAAUAUUACAGCAUUUCCACAUAUGUGCUUGUUGCUGAUUGGUUAACAUAAAUACAAUGCAAGGGCAUUAAUCAUGAAGGUUGGGAAAGGGAACACAUGGUUACUAGUGAUUGAUAUUGCAUGACUUGAAAGAACAUAACAAUCGCAGUCCAUAGAUCUGGUCAACAAUGCAUUAAGAACAGGUCAGGGUGUGAUGUUUCAUGAACUCAAUGUGAACUGUUCAGAACAUUCUCAGACUCAUGUGCAGAGGCAAAAACUUCCCAGCAGUAAGAUGCAGGCCUAUUAUUCUGGCCAUGUUAAAAUUUCUAAAGUCAUUGCAGAGAAGCAAUAAAUUCCUGGUUGAGCAGCUCUGAAUUAGCAUUUAAAAAGCUAAACAUUUUUCACUAUGUCAAUUGUUUUGGGACGGGGAUCAUUAUGCUUCUAUUGGGCUGUAGACUGUUUUAAAAUGUAAUAUUAUACAUCGAUUUCAUGACUACUUUUAUUUCUCAUUUUUAUGCUUAUAUUAUUCACUGGUAUGUGUGUGUGUAUACCAUAUUUUUUGCUCUAUAAGACUCACUUUUUCCCUCCUAAAAAGUAAGGGGAAAUGUGUGUGCGUCUUAUGGAGCAAAUGCAGGCUGCGCAGCUAUCCCAGGAGCCAGAACAGCAAGAGGGAUUGCUGCUUUCACUGUGCAGCGAUCCCUCUUGCUGUUCUGGCUUCUGAGAUUCAGAAUAUUUUUUCCCUUGUGUUCCUCCUCCAAAAACUAGCUGCGUCUUGUGGUCUGGUGCGUCUUAUAGAGCGAAAAAUACGGUAUAUAUAAUCCCUGCUCUCUCAUUAUUACAACUGGGAAGAAAAGAUUAGCUAGAUACUUCAAAGGGUUGAACUGAAAUAACAUCCUAAAUCUCAGAACAGAGCAACCAUCCUACUGUACAUUUAUCAAAAUUUAAUUCUGCACAUGAGAUAAGAAUACAGCACUGCCCAAGUAAGGCCAAGCAAAAGGGGAUUUAGAUUGACUAACAGCAGUCGUCUCCUUGAUCAAAGUGUAAUUUGCAGUUUAAUAGAAGGAAGUUCUAUUCUUUCCCUUUUUUGGUAGUUAUAUCGAAUCAUUCUACUUGAUGCUAAUGGAUAAUAUGAAUAUGCUGUGGUCACCAACUCCUUUAGGGAAAUUGCUUGGUCACAUUAAAAGCUUUGAGCAAAGUCCACCUGGUACAUUUACUGAGUCUUCUUGCCCAAGCCCUACUGAGUAGAUCAAGUUUCUAGGGACAUUGUCACAUUGGACCUUAGCAGUCUUUGCAGCCCUCUGGGUAACAUGGAUGCUACAUUACUAAAUGUGCAAUCCUGCACAUGCCUACCCAGAAGUAAGUCUGCCUUGUUUGGUGGGACUUACUCAUGCAUAAGUGUAUGUCGGAUUGCAGCCAUAGGUUACAAACGUUUUGAAAGCAUGGAGCCCACAGAAAUAAAUGAAUGCUAAAUCCAAUUUCAUCAUUUCCUUGACUGGAGCAUUUCCUUGAAGAUUUCUAUGUGGUUCCUAAAUGUCCUGGUGAUUAUGAGAGAAGUAAGCCAUUCGCUUUGGCAAUGUAAGGAAUACUUUCCUUUUCCUAUUAUGUUUCCAAAGAGCUCAUGCAAAUACUACACGUGUUUUCCUCUACUGGGAAAUGUGACUAUCUAUCUAUGAGGCUGAAAAGGUCUCUUAAAAAGAAUUACAGGCUCAGACCCAAGCACAGGAUACAAUGUCCUGUUGAUUUCAGUGGGAGAGCUGCUCAGUCAAAUUAAAAGCCUAAAGUCCACCAGUCUUGAGCACUUCUUGCAUAGGUCCUAGUCAACAGAUCAAGUUCUCAAGUCUCUCUCAUUGAAAUCAGUGGGACAUAAGACAAGUGCUUGACUGGCUAGAUCAUAUCCCAAAUUCACCUGUAGAGACUUAUUUAUAGAUGGAGGAGAGGGAUUCUAUGUGCAGCAGCCUAUGAAAAUUGGCACUGGAACUUUGGUGAAGAACAUGAGGAAGACAAAAAUAUCAUGGCUGAAGCACAGGUCUAAGGUAUCAUUCACAAUGUAUGGUGAAUCUCAUGCAUUUUACAUCUGUCUAGCCAAAGGAGCUCCACCUUGUGUACAUGGUCAGUGCCAUGUCGGACAAUGUAUGGGACAAUAGAUGGCAAAGAAUCUUUAUUGCUCAAAGGACUGUAUUGUCUUACACAAGUUUUUGAACCAAUCCAGACCAGUUACUGUAAUUCUAUCCUUCAGUUAUAGUAAGUUGAAAUUUGAGUAGGACAAAUGAUCUAGUAGUGUAAUUUCAUCCCUCCAAUGUUUGUUUCUCUAAAACAAACCUUUGGAAAGCUCGCUUAAACACAGGCACACAUAAAAGCACAGAUUAUUUUGUAUUCAUGACUCUAGAGAGGAAUGGUGAAUGCUUUUCAUUUACCAAUAUUGCCAUCAUUCAUUUGAGCUCCAGCUUAAAGAGUAAAUCAAGAAAUUAGCUGAAGGCUUGGUCAUGAGUAAUUACACUCACACUGCAUAUCUCAGGAGUUUGCUCGCCAUCCAUCCAUCCCCUUUUUAUUGAUUGUGCUGUACAGAAACACAUUAUAAAGCAAAUAUAUUUGGUCUGCAGCUAGACCGAAUAGCUCAUUUACUUCCACAGUUAUAUCAUUUGAAAUAGGGUGCUGGGGUGAUGAAAUGAUGCCAACUGAUUUGGCUAUGAUCUACAUUUUAGUUUGCUUCAGCAGCUCUAAAUAUGUUGUUAUUAUUGCAUGAAUAAAUAAGAGGUUUGUUUCCUAAAGAAGAUACAUUUUUUAUGGUACAGCCUUCUCAGACAUGCAAAAUGGUUUCUUUUCACCUGCAUGAUGAAACCUUUAUUUCCUUGGACCUUAGGAGCAAACAUAAAAAUUUGUGUCAGGAUAUAGUUUGGCAGAAUCAGAUAGUUUUUAUUUUCCCUUAGAGAAUAGUUUUUGUGUGUCAAAUUUGGGCAAGCAAAACAUCUGAGAAAUAAUUGUGGCAGUAAAAUGGGUAGAUUGGUCUGGAGGCUGAGUAGGGAGAAAGUUACAGUUUGGAUUACAGCACAAGCUAGAAACAAGGGUUUAAUGAGUAGAUCAAUAGGCAGUGAAGAUGCUAACUAAAAAUUCUCUCUCUCUCUCUCUCUCUCUCUCUCUCUCUCUCACACACACACACACACACACACACACACUGGAGGCUAGUCCAUUAGGGUGAGUAGUAAAUUGGCCCACCCACCUUGGUUUGCUCUCAGUCAACAUCCACCUGUCUGAUUUCUCCUUACAGCCAUUCCAUGAGGUGGCACUGUUUGCCAGUUUAGCGUUGCCCUUGAAUAAGGCAGGAGGGAGGAGGAUAUGGACAAAAAAAGAAUGUGUCUGUCAUUGGCUCUGGCUCCACCUAUUGUUGAUCUCCCUGCCACCCACGCUGCCAGCCCCAAAAGAUAGAAACCAACAUUGUCAAUUCAGAAUUUUAGGUGUUUAGGAAAGCUCUAAAGACCUGCUUUCUCUGGAGUUGUUUUGUUCUCCUGCGAAUGGGCUUUGCUGUAGCUGUGUAAUGCAUUUUAGUAGUUGUGUGUGUGUUGGAUGUUUGUUGUUUUUAUGGCUGGCUUUUAUUAAAUAUUUUAUUAUAUUUUAUAUUAUUAGAAAACUACAUUGAGAAGCAUCCCUUUACCCUUAAUGGCAGCCUAGAAGCAUUUUGAGCUAAUCGACUGGCACUACUUAGCACUGUACAUAAGAAUGGGAAAAAACCGUUCAACAAGCUGUGAAAGGUUGUAUUGUCAACUCCAGAGCUGAUGAAAUGUGUCUCCUUGAAAUGUCUACUUUAGACAGGUUUGGAGGAAAAAUGAGCUUUGCUGCUGUGUUCAUGCUGGUCAAGGGGCAUUUUUCACAACAGCAGCAUCCAUCCAUUAAACACAUGCUGCAAUUUCAGUAACAUGUCCAGAGUGUUGCUUUAUUGCCCUAAAUGUUUGCUUAUGGAAUUCCUUCCAAAAGAAUACCUGGGAGUCUGCUGUGUAAAUCUGAAUUGUGUAACUCUUCCCACUACCAUCACCAUAUACACAAGUACGUAACUAUUGUCAGGGAUUACAAUUGUAAUCCAAUCCUAUGCACUUUUACAUAAGAGUAAACUCAGUUGAACUCAUUGGGACUACUUCUAAGUAAACAUGCAUAGGAUUAUACUGCACGUAUUACUGAUAAGCAGCGUCACAUUAAGGAUAUUGGAACAUAUACUGAGAAUGUACACCAGAAAUAUAUAGUAUAUAGUAGUAGAGGGUUUUGGUUGAUGUGAUAAAUUUUGGUUAAUGUGCUUUUAUAAAAAAAAAUUAAGGUGUCAAAGAAGUUGAAAAUGUGCCUAAGGAGGAAUACCUGAAUGCCUUAUCAGUUAAUUUGCCAUUAGAUUGAAUUGUGCAGGAAGAUUAUACAAUGAAAAUCAGAGAUUUUCCUAAGAACACUUCUCAUUUAAAAACAAAAUAAAUCUCACUAACUAAAUAAAACGUGCUCUUCUUCCGGAUCUGGUUCUUCUUCUACACCUCCUGUUUCUUCUGUCUGAAAUGUGUGUCAAGUUAUGGUGACCUUUAUUUGUUUUUGUUUUGGCACAGAUGGGGAAAAGAAAGUUCCAGAGGACUUUGAUAUAGACAUGGAUGCACCAGAGACAGAGAAAGCUGCAGUGGCGAUACAGUCUCAGUUCAGGAAAUUCCAGAAGAAAAAGGACGGGUCCAAAUCUUAGUCUCUACCUCACAGUUCCCACCAUCACCACUUCCUGGUCUGUCAGGAAAUUAAAAAAUAAAUAAAUCUAGAUGCAUGUACAGAAAUUCCCACUAUUUAAAAGUCCAUCGGCGGGUAUUGAAACAAGUAUGCUUGUUGCGUGACUUCAUCUGUAUGUUUAUCUCCAAUCUCAAUUCUUCUGCAACUCACCAUUUCCCUUGAUGUUCAAAUAAAACGUUAGGAUGAAGUUGCUUUAACUUGUCAGCCUUGAUCUGUCUUGUUAUAUUAAUCCAGCAAGCCCAGUGCUACAAAUUAAAAACAGCCCAGAUGCCUAUUUUCCUCUUCACUUAAAGCUUGGAGACAUAAACACAGCACCUUAUGUUAUCAACUUAUUUUUGCUGAGGAAUGAGAGCAUAAACUCUCAGUUCACCUUACCUCGUUUGGUGUAUCCAGAUGCCAGCCAUAUGUGA